GGCCUCUGAAGGGAUCGAGCCAGUUCAGGGCCAGCCUGCUGCUCCUUCUCUCCUUCUCUCCCCUUUUUUCUUUCCCUCUCUCGCUCUCUCUUCCUGUCCUGUCUGUUUGAGGGGAGAAAGAUUGGGAAAUUCCUUCAAGCUACUUUACUUCAGGUUUCUGUGGGAUUUAAACAUGCACACUGAGGUUUUGGUACAGUCCAUGUUAGUACCGUUGUUUCUCAUUCUGCUCUCUACCGUGGAGGACACUUUGUUACAGUCGGUGAGGUGAGUUGUUUUUUCUUGUUUAUUUUUGGGCCAGUGUAGGGAGUAAGGAGGAAGAAGGAGGUGCACAGUUUUGCUGACAAAGACAACAUUUGGAAAGUGCAAUGUGAGAAAGUUUGUGUCUAUACGUUUAGCUUGCAACUGCAGUUGUUUUGUGCAGUUUCUUCAUGCUGCUUUACUUUCAAGUAGUUCUGCAUGCCAAGUCAUGGAGGGGAAGCUUGCUUUUUUAAACAUGUUUAAAGCACUUUUUUAAACUUGUAUUUUAUCUGUUUUCAUUUGGACUUGUCAGCUGACAGAAAUAAACAUAACUUUAUGACGACUUUAGUGGUUGAGUCUCAAAUGAUAUUUGAGCUGUGCUGAGGUUUUCAUUUAUUAACACUCAGCAUUUCCUUGUACCCAAGACCUCAAAACUACAAAUAUGCAAGAAAAAAAUUCCUAAUGUGACUGCAACUGUAAACUCUUUGUGCCACUCUUAAUUCUAUCCCCUAUUUUUAUGAAGGAAUAUUUCAAUCAAAACCCUUUUGCAUUUUAACCUUUAAAGUGAAACCAAGUACAUUUAAAUGACCUGAACUCCACUGCUGGAACUUAAAAUAUGGAUGUUAAAGAUUAAAUUCUGUUUACCUCGGCUCUAUAGAGGAGCAUCUUAGUCAGCACAACAAUAAAUGCUCCCAUAUGAUUUUUAACUUAACACAGCUGCAGACAGGGUGUUUACUUCAAGCAGGUGCACUGUUGGCUGUGCAGUGAUUAUAUCGUGUAUGUCACUGAGCACAGUGCAUAGCAUUUAUUGGACAGCAGUGGCAAACCCACGCACACUGUAGCAUUGAAACCUCAUCACAUUGGUAAUUAUGGUGUUUUCAAUUGUUUUACCUCUGCUAAUCCAAAUAUUUGCCACAAUGAAUGUUUACAGUUUCCUGGGUACAGUCAUCAUUACAGCUACACACUAAAAAAGAAAGGACGGUGUUUGAGAUGCAAUAUAUAUAUACAUAUAUAUAUAUAUAUAUAUACAUAUUAGUAGGUUUUUCAUUUUCCUGAGGGAACCUUUCCAAAAGGAUCAAUAAAGUUCUGUCAAAUUUAAUCCAUCUCAUCUAAUUGAACAUAGAAUAUACUCAUCCAGCUCAACAUUGAAAAUAUCUUAAAAGGUUGGACUCUCUUACAAGUACUGUCACAGUACAUAAACAUAAUAUAUCUUUACAGCUGCUUUGUUCCAUUAUUGAUUUCAUAGCUAAACAGUAAACAGUUCAUAAUUGAAUGGCAAUAGGCUGUGAUGCAAAUUAAGCAACGAGUAAAAGCUACGAUUGGCUUAGCUAAGAAGAACUUAACAAUUAUCCCCCUGAAACCUCAUUCCUGUGUUGGAAGCUCAAGUACCGUUAUCAUGUCUUUGUUCCGAGUCAUAAACUCUGUAAUUCUGAAUAAUCUGCAACAAAUUAUGAUUACUACAAAACUCCUUAAAUGUUUAGAAGCCACAAAGAUUAGAGAUAAUAAAACAAGAGAUUGGGCCAUAUUUUAGGAUAAAAACACCGCUCAUUUGACAGUCCAUUGGCUAACAUCAGAAUAUAGCUAACAUUAGCAUAUAGCCACCUACUUGUCAACAACUAUAUCUAAAAAUCACAGACACUGUGGACAAAGAGGGACAAAAUGAUAGAGGAAUAUAUUGGAAGCAGUGUGUUUAUUUUGAUGUCUAUUUUUACAUAUCGUUAGCUAGCUAACAAUACAACGUUUAUGUAGGCUGCUUUAAAUCAUGUUGGCAAGCUAUCGUGAUGCCUAAAAUUGAUAUCAACAUAAAGAUAAACCCUUCCAAAGAACCAGCCUAUAAAUAAUAAUUUUUCCUCUCUUUUCAUAUCUUUGUAAGAAAGAAAAUAAUUUUGACCGCAGCUCAAUGCUAAUUUUAGCCGUGCUUUGUGUAUGCCUAUUUAUCAGUUUAGGAGCUGUGAAAUGACCACAAUUUGUCAGAUUGGUGACGUUUUUAUGACUUACAAUCUGGUACAUAGUAACAGGACAUGCCAACAAUACUUUGGCCUCCCACACUGAAAGUGCCGCCACUGUGAGAAUAUGUUCUUUCAAAGCUCAGAGACUGUCAGACUUCCAACAAACUUAAAACAGACAUGUUCCUCAGUUUGUAUUUGAAAUAAAACCUAAUGUUUAUCUGUUUGGUCUGAAAACAGUUCACUAUCUCAGUCUUUUUUACUUUGUUUGGAUAAAGAGCACAGAUUUCUAACUAGUUAUUUUCUCUCAUGCAGUGGUAGAAUAAGCAUGCCUGUUUCUGAUCAGAUGGCUGUGAGCUUUGUUGUUGUUGCUGGUUUUGUUUACCGAUUUGUUGUUGGAUUCAAAUUCCAUUCCAGGCCUCUACAGCGUGGCAUCAACAUCGAAAACAUCUGCUAUUUCUAUUCUCACAGAGGCUGUCUGUUCCAGUGCUGUAGCACACAUGGGGUAGAUGUAUAGGCAAUUUUUCCUGUUUCCUGAGCAGCAGAUGGAAAAAUGCAUUGGGAGCGUAAAGAUGGAACACCUGUUGUUCUUAGAUAGAGCAAAACCUCUGGGCUCCUUCCCAUAGGCUCUUUAGUUCUGAGUUGUGCAAGAAACACAUCACUGGGCACUGACAGGAGAACAGUUUUACCCAAGCAGGGGACAUUUUAGGCCACAUAAUGCAAUUCAAAUGUCUCACUGGCGCAUAAGUGCCAGACUCAAGAAAAGCUGACAUGCCCAGAUCUGGUUUAUGAUGUUGUGGUGCAGUCAUUACUUGUCUGGUGGAAACUAUAUUGUGCCAAUUAGUCUGAAACAAAUGUAAAAAUAAGCUACGCAAUCAGAUAUUUUUAGCUAUAGUCCCAGAACAUGCAUAAAUAUUGGAGUUUUGUUUGUUCCCUGGUGCGGUUAACAUGCCUGUUAGUUUUAGCUGCUUCAACAACACAGAGGGCAAAAGCAGGUGAGAUUCCCCACAUCCAGGACUGUACAGCAACAAAGACAACAGAACCUGGAUAGGGGGGAAAAUGCUCACAAUUGUCUUUUUAUUAAUUUUCUAUAUUGCUCUACCCAGUCACGACAAAGCUCCAUGCUGCUGAGGCUGAGUCAAAGAAAAUACCCAGCAGACCAAACCCUGACAGCAGGAAAUCAUGCUCACAGCAGAUGUAGCAGUCAUGAUGCAGGGCAGCUGCAUUUAGAGCAGGAUGGGGAGGUGUAAAUUAGUUUACAGAGGAGACACAUAAUUAUAAUAGUACUGUGUUUGAAACCUCAUUACCAUUCACUACUGAGUGAAGUCACUUUAAUGCUCUACUAUACAUUUAAAGGGAGACUCAGUUUUGAUGCAUAAAUAGCAUGUAGAAAAAAAAAUAGACUUUCCAGUUGAGCAUUUAAAAGUUGACUGGACUUACCCUAUUCAGCAUUCAGUAUCAUAUCAUAUUCAGUAUCAUAUUGUACUGUAUUGUAUUUUGUUGUAUUCUAUUGCAUCGCAUUGUAUCAGAUCUUAUCAUAUUGUGUCUUAUCAAAUCGUGUCAUAACAUAACAUAUUGUAUCAUACCCUCUUGUAUUGUAUUGCAUCCCAUCGUAUCAUAAUGAAUCAUAUCACAUGGAGUCAUGUUAAAUUGUAUGGUGUUGUGUUGUACCAUUUCAUAUCAGAUCAUAUAUCACAUUAUAUUGUAUUCUAUCAUGUUGCAUAAUAUAAUUUCCUACUGUAUUGUAUCUUAAUGUAUCACAGCGUAUUGUGGCACACCAUAUUGUAUUGUAUCACAGCAUAUCCAAUCGUAUCACAUUGAAUCAUAUCAAAUUGUAUCAUAUAGAGUCAUAUUGGAUAGUAUUGAACUAUAUUCGUAUCAUAUCAUAUCACAUCAUUUUGUAUUGUAUUGUAUUAUAUCCCAUUGUAUGGUGGCAUAUCGCAUCCUACUGUAUUGUCAUGUUUCACAAAGUAUCAUAUUGUAUCUUAUUGCAUCAUAUUUAAUUGUGUUGUAUCAUAUCAAGAAGAUUUGCAUUGUAACCCUUUGCAAAAAAUCAAAAGUAUUUCAAAUACAAAAACUGAAUGGUGUGCAAAGUUUAUGAGGCUCAUGCUAAAUUAAGGGAAACAUUUCUUCUAACUGUUCUCAAUAAGGUUACACCUUUAGAAUUUGCCAAAAAUCUUGUACAUUAAAGAAGGAUGUCUUUUUAAUAACUAUAAAUGUGGAAGGUUUUACUCUUUAACUUUUCCUAUUUGAUUGCAUGUAAAAAAAAAAAAAAGUAAAAGUAAUCUUAAAGUGUUUAUUGAUCUCUCUUAUUAUAGUUAUAGAAGUUAGUUUGUAUGUUUUGGUGACACAAUUGGAUCAUGCUUGUUCACAGGUCAUUUCAGUGUUUUGCUGCUAUAAUGGAUUUAGACUCACUAUAGAUAAUAUGAAUAAAACCAGCAAAGAGGUGUAGUACAGGCCAUAAAAGUUACCAGCGGGUGGAGUCUGUGUGACAUAAAACUUGAAUGACCUCCUGACAGCAUAUGGAACGAACACACACACACACACACACACACACACACACACACUGAACAUUAUUACAAUGGGAGUGUCAGGAACACUUUAUCUGCUUAUUGUUUAAAAUAUGUCUACUGUUUCCAAUCUGGACAGUCUGGGAGGGCAGGAAUAGAACAGGAAUGUCCUACAGCGUCCAAAUGAAACAAAUCUCACAGAGAGAUCCCACAGAGGAAAGACGAGGCUCAGAAACAGCUGCUGGAGUGGGCUCAAUGAACUGAGGGAGCGGUUGCUGAGCUAUUUUAUUUGUUUGAAUUAUAAGCUAAGAACAUUAAAGUCUGUUUGUUGUGGUUUACAUUGGCUUUGUUUUCCCUUGAUAUGACCCAAAUUGACCAGCCAGGGUCUGAGAAGUCACUUCACUUCUGUUCUACUAUUUUUUAUGUGAGUCUCUCCAAAUUGUUUAGAAUAAAGUAGUUGAUGCUUGUAGGUGAUUGACAGGUUAAUAAAGCAGUAAGGGAAGCCAAAUUGGCAGCUGAACUCAAAUACAACGGUCUAUUCACACCCCAAAUUCAGCAAAUUUUCCAGGCCUUCUGGGAUAUGUCAAGAUGUUGCCUCUUAGUGUCAUGGUCUGAGUAUGAUGAUAUAUUAAAGGGAUAUUCUGGCAUAAAAUUAAUUUAGGGUCAACACACACCGCAACACCGAGUUAAACACCCCCUCGAGAGAUGAAUGCUGCCGACCACUUGCUUCUCUAAUUCUACCAACUUUAGUAAUGACCGCACAAUAGCAAUACACAGCAGUCUAUGGAGCCAUAAACAAAACUCAACCAAAACGCCACUCUAUAGCCACAAAUAAUGCUCAGAACAGCACCUAACUUCAUCAACAGUACAUAUAGGGUCCCAGCCAUAGCACUGGCCACCAAACAUAACUUUGCCUGAUUUCUUUAGCAAAGAGACUAAACACAACUCACUUACCCUCCUCCAGAGUGGGACCUCUGGGCGAGUCCAUUACAGAGUCCAGCCAGGUGAUGCAGCUCAAGGAAGAACAUUUAUGAUCAUUUCUUCAUGGUGAUGCAAUCAGACCAAGAUGCUAAGGCAGAAGAACUACUGCGUCUACAGUGCAAAAUGAUUAAUUUGGUGAUUAUUACUUGAAAGAAAUGAUAUAGAAAUUAAGGCCAAUUUAGGACAAGUAAAAGAGACUGCAAUGCCAGGAAAUGGGGAAUGGUUAUCAUGUGAAACAAACAACCAUUGCUGCCAUAUUUAGAGGUUGGUACUCUUGAGAUUUAGUAAAAAAUGUUGGAUUUAUGACAAGUGUAUGCUUUAUUUUAGUUCAAGCAAAACAGUUUUUGGCAUGUAGCGCAAUUAUUUGUUCACAAACACCAUCAUACAAUAUCAUAAUUACCAAACCAUUCAAGUCCCUUUUUUGAGGUAUCAACAUAAAAGUUGAGCAAUGUCGUUUUCACCCACAUGUGGUAUUUUAUAUUUCAAACCUACACAGAUGGCUAAACAUUUGACCCUUGACCUUCAGAGGAUUUUAAAGCUGCAUUACAACUGACCUCUUCUCUUUUUUCCCAGCCAGGUGGGUGGUGUGUGCAGGCUGUCCACUGAGUCAUCCCUGCGCCGCUGCAAGACACCUGAUGGCAAGAUCUGCAGCGGGCGGGGCAAGUGUGACUGUGGCACCUGUAUCUGUGAGGCAAGAGACCCGGGGAAGUUCUAUGGCCCACGCUGCGAGUGCCACGACUGGGUGUGUGCCACAUACAACGGGAAAACAUGCAAUGGUGUGUAGAAAUAUACACAAAUUAACACAAAACAGAGGUAGAUGGUUUGCAGGAGUGACUUCUUUCAUUGGCAUUUUCUCUCAUGAGGGCUUUCUGGUAAGUUUUGCGUGACUCCUAAGUAGUGCACGUGGCUUCACAAAUUUUACUACUUGUUAUGGUUGUUAGUGAUGGGUCAGUAAGUGAUGCAGCAGAGCUCCUCACUGUGGGCUUACAUCAGAGAAGCUUGGCAAACAGCCUCAGAGGUUUAGUGUCUGUUUCAGCCAGGUGUUUAGAGAAAAAGAAAGCUUAAGGGUGUCAUCCAAAAACCUGCUCUGUGAAUAACCAAUUCAUUUAAUAUGAUUUAUGUGAAUUGAGAAUAUUUUGGCCUCACCUAUGUUUUAUCUUUAUCGCCAAAUCAGAGAUGUGCAUUAUUGUAUCUCUGAUGACACACAUCACCUUGGCAACACUUCAAAGGCUUAUGUUGGUAAUAGACAGCUGGUUUGUUCACUUUCUUUACUGAGGCUUAGCUUUUGUAGAGAGGUACAGCUUUGAACUUUACCUGUUGCCUGAAUUUCUUUACAAGUUGUCAGAGAGAACACUUGAGAGAGCAUCAACACUGAAGAACAAGUUGCCUUCUGGGACAUUGCCACAUUGCACAUUAUUUUCCAAGAUGAAAGCAGAGUUCACAGGCUAGCAUAUUACAAAAGAGCUCUUUUUAUCAAAAGAAAAUACAAAGGGCUUGGUUUUUUUGUUAGUUGGUUUGUGCGCUUUACUUGAAGACAAAUUUUGAAUUUGGGAAGAAAUCAGGACAUUUUUCAAGUAAUUUUCUCAGGCGUAGAUAGAUAGAUAGAUAGAUAGAUAGAUAGAUAGAUAGAUAGAUAGAUAGAUAGAUAGAUAGAUAGAUAGAUCAUGCCUUUUAAAUCAUUGUUUGGAUUAGCUAUAUUGUGGUUUAAUCUCACUAAAUUUAUAACCUUUAUUUCCAAAUGCAGCAGGCAACAGUUUCCAAAUAAAACCUCCAAAACACUCUGAAUCAACCAGCCUAGCAACAAUCCUUGGCAGACGAAAUUAGCAAGUGACUUGUGGGGCAUUGAAGUAGCUAAAGAGGCUGAUAUUUCCCUUGGGAGCCAGUGGAAAGCACAACAGGGGGAAAGAAGAGUGCAUAUUGGCUUUUCUUCAUGAAGUUAACAGAAACAUUACGCCCAAUGAAUGCUAAUUUUGCUAGGUUUGCGCUUGAUGUGUAAGUAAGCCAUCAUUUGCUAAUCAAGAGUUGCAAAACCAACAUUUGUUGUUGAUACUGAAUUUGUUGGUGUUGCAGUUCUCCUUGUGCUGACCUUAAAUAGCUAAAAAGAGUCCAAGUGGGUUUUGGCUGAAAAUGAAGAAAGCAUUACACCCUGAAGACUUUUGUAAUAACAAGUUGCAUUAAGGGUAGUUUUUAAUGACUCUUUUAAAAGGUUAUAAUGAGAUCUUAAAGCACAGCCACAGGGAGGCGGGUGUCCAGUUAAGGGGCCUCAGAUUUCCAAUCAUACUUUUUGCAGAUGAUGUGGUUUUGUUGGCUUUUUUAGGCUGGAACCAUCAUUGAUUAUUGGGGUGGUUUGCAGCUGAGUGCAAAGCAGUUAGCUUAUUGCACUCCAUGACUAGGGAAGAGUCUUUCCAAUGGACAAAAUAUCCACAACACACCCCCUGGAUUGUCUUCUGGUGGGCAAAAUGUGAACAAAGUGCCCACUAGAUGCCCUUUCAAAGGAUAACAUGCAAACAACCUGCCUUCUGGUGGCCUUUCCAGGGAAUUAAACAUGGAGGUCAGGAGCUGGGAACAUUGACAGAGAGAAGGAUGUCUGGAUUUAUUUGUCUCUACCUGAUCUCUGAUAAGUUGAAGAAAAUGGAUGGAUGGAUCUUACAUUGUAAUGUGGACCAACAUACCCAGAGAAAACAAAGCACAGUAUAACGCAACAGAACUCUUAAUGUCCUAUCACCCAGGAUUUCCACCACAUCUGCAAUGGCUCAGAUUUUCGCUGUACACCAAUUCCUACUGGAUCCGUUUGUGAGGCGAAUUACAUGGCGGAUUACGGACAGCAGGAAUUGCAAGAACUCACAAGAACCCAUGGAUUCACGUACAAUCACGCGAUAACAAGUUGUCUUUAGCCACAUAGGCUAACCAUAUAAGUAGUAGACUGUGUCCUUCCAGAGGAGGAAAUCUACAUUUAGACUUAUAAAAUCAGCAUCUCCUCAUCCAUGGUGUCAUUGGGAUGAAAUGUUGUCUAUAAACCUUUCACUUGUUCGUCCCCGCCCGUUUGCAUGGUGUGAAAUACAAUCCGCCUGAAACACGGAGUGUGAUCGGCAGAUACGGCCUUUUCGUAGCCAUCCCCGAUGGGGUGGAAAUUGCCCGUCAAACUGCAGCCUCAAAUGUGACAUAACAUCAUCUCAAGGAGGUAUUAUAACAGUGUGGUUGCAUGUUGUGUGAUGUCACGAGUAUAAAUUGUCAAAUGUAGCAGCACAAACAUUUCCAACAGAUGAGACACCUUGAUCAUUGCAAGAGAGGUUAGUCCCCUUGAUGCUGAUCAGAGGAAAAAGGAGCCUCCUCCUUGUGUUCUUCGUCCCGUGCAGCCACCAGGCUAUGAGUGUCAGGAUUUAAUGGAGAUAUGUGUGCAUCUAGAACAAGCCUAAUGGAGAUAUGUGUGCAUGUGUGUGCAUUCGUGCAUGUGAGUGGUGGAGUGAUUUAUUUGGGUAGACAAGUUGGCUGCUGUGAAGACCUCAUUAUGGUUCAGCAGUCUGAGCAAGAAGGCCCUGCUUCAGUCUGAUAAUAGGGUUUCACUCACUGGUACACACACCAAAUGGAUCCUAGAUGUAUCAGAAGAAAGAUGGGUUUUCACACCCAGGCACACACUGUUUGCACACACUCACAUAUACACAUGCAGGAUCAAGCUCAUCCUCAGAGCCACACUUGGGCAUCCACCAAUGUGCACAUACCCAUACAAUCAUAUGGCUGUGUCAUUCAGGGCCCAGCAAUACAUUCAAAGCAUAUUGAGGAAAAUACCCCCCUUUACUACACACACACACACACACACACACACCCUCCUGGUUACUCAAUGGUCCAUGCAGCAUGCAUGCUCUGCUGUCUGAGAUCGCCAGCCAAUUUCUCUCCCCGCAGCUUCCUUAUCUCUGCCUCUCACAGCUGCCCACUGAUAAGAUCCGAUAGAUUUUUUUCUCCUCGGGGAUAAACUGUGUGUUUUUCCUUUCCAAAAACAUUAGCUUUCCUGGCAUUGAGAUGCUCUUUUUAGCUUGGACGGCAUUCAUCAAGCAAACACGGGGUAAUUCAGGUCUUUUAAGUCAGAGCAACAAGUAAAGCUGGAUCAAGAAGCUGGGCGCGGCAUUCUUCUUUUGGGAAGAUCUGAUGGCUUAAGAAAUUGAGUGAAAAUUUGCAGUAAAAGUUUUAGAAAUCUGAUGCUUUUAUUUUAUUAAAGCAACUAAAGCAGGGCUCUGUAGAACAAGUCUUCAAUUGAUUUCAAACUUAAACUGUUAAAAAAAUGAAAUAGUCAUAGUACAUUGGUUUCUCAAUACUGAUUAUGAAGUCUUGAGACCGGUAUUUCACCACUGCCAUGCUUGUUCAUCUGAGCCAGAAAUGACCAUAUUUGGUUUAGAGGUUCAUGCUGGAGAGUGCGAGACGUUAGCUUGUUCUUUAGUAUCAAAGCUGAACAGUCUACACCCAGUGAUAAUGAACAAGAUGUAAAAUUAGCUUGUUUAUUCUUGAGUUGCCUGAAAAAUCAGAAUAUUUUUUAUGAUGGUGUCAGGUUUUGUUAAUUCAUCAGCUAUAAAAGCUGGUAACAAAAAAUUAUAACUAGAUUCUUCUUGUGGCUAUGGUCCAACUUAAUCUUCUUGGAAAAAGCCAACAAUGAUUCUGACUUUGACAAAUACAAAUAGAACACAAAUACGACACAAAAGCAUAAGACCGAUACAGAACUGUGCUUAAAAACUGGGCAAAAAUGUUGCCACAAAACUUAUGAGUUUUCACUCAUUAAACAUCUUAGCUGGUUAUUCUCAUCAACCACAUUGUGAGUAACAUUUCUUGUCUAUUUUUGCAUUAAAUUCCUCAAAAUGCACCAACACAGACAUGGCCAACAUGUUGGGCUCUAUUUUCGUGCGCGCCGGUGAGGCAGCGGAGGGCGGCGAGCCCCGCGCAGUUGUAUUUUCGUCUGGCGGAGCCCAGCGUAAGGCCAAUUUGGUAUUUUCGUGGACUGAGCCGCACGGAGGCGAGCCGAGAUCCGCCAAGCUGGGCGUGGUAGCGUGGCAGGGGGAGGUGUCGACAGAAUCAGCAGGCGCAGUGACAUUUCCGUGCUCGCCAACGGCGUGUAAAGUGCGCUGAAAGCUCGCCGAUUCAAACCUGGUCAGCUUUCAGCGCAAGGCGGAACGCAGCUGGUCCAGUAGUAUUUUGGUAGACCGGCGGCGUAUCGACAUACGUCACUGAUGCCUCACCGGCAGGUUUCCACAGUGUCAGGCACAUUUCAGUGCAAUAAAUAAUCAUCAUCAACUAUUAAUCUGAGUCAGCACAUAUAUUUAGAUCUAUAUCGAUAUAUUCUGAUCUAUAUCUGAUCUGAUGAGCGCGUUUGGCACGCGUUUGGACACACAACCUGACGGAAUCAACACAGCUGAAACCGCAUCAAAUUAAAUUAAAUAUCUAGUAAAUAAACACACAUGAUGAAGUUAACAAGAUAUGUAAUUCGUCUCCCUCCUUUUCUUUCUUCCUCUUCCUCUUAUUUCUCGCACAGCUCGACCUGGACAUGUCUCCGUGUCCUCUGUCCGUUUUGCUGCUGCUGCAGCUGAACAGAUGAUUUGUUUCAGCGCUCAGAUGCGUUAUCUAAUUUAAGCUGACGUACGGAUAUUAUAAUAUUCAGUUUUGUGAGCCAAAUUUAUUUUAUAUGCCAACAUCUAUGAAAGAGCCAGGCCACGGAGCGCGAUGCGUCAUUUACGCACAGAUGGUUCCGAUUUUAAUGCCAUUUUUGGAGUUUAUGUUGUGAUCUGUGCGCUCAACCCACCUUUGUCACGUGAGGUUUGAAUAUGAGCAACUUUAUGUGAGUGUCUUUAUUGUGUGGAAAAGGGUGUUUGUCUUACCAGUGGGUCCAACAUUACGCACACUAAAUCCAUCUGUGCUCAUAUGAGAGAGUGUGGAGGACACUUGUUGAACAGCUGCCCUCUGUCGCCAUCUUGUGGCAUAACUGUCUUAAGACAUCUCUUGAUCUCUUUGACUACUUCAUUAAAAUAGUAAUACGCCUUGCCUGGGGCGGAUUUAAAGGCAAGGAGAGGAGCUUAUGUGAUUGGUGAAAACAGGUCUCGGCUGUGUUAAACCCACUACACGCCCUUUCUCCUCCCCGUCUACGACUUAUGCUGCUAGGAGGAGCUGAGUUAGGGAGGGGGGAUACUUAUGCCGGGCUGCGCGGCUCACCAAAAUACCAAAAUGUGCUUGGGAACGCCUUGUCAGCGCGGCGGAUCUGACUGAUGCUGCGCUUGCGGCACGUCUCCGGCGAGGCACCAAAAUAGAGCCCGUUAAGUUCAGUUACUAAAUUGGCAAAGUUGGUCGGGCAAACACCCUGCAGUAUCCAUGAGUUACUCUGGGUGGCCAUGCCCGUACAUUUAAAAAAAAUGUAUGUUUAAUCCAAUCAAAAUAGAUGAAUUAGAUAAAAAAUUUAGUCCAAAUAAACAAAUUCAAGCAGUCAUUGUAGUUUUUAACGCUUCCAAAUGAGGCUGAUUUGAGGAUGUAAGAAAUCGCAGUUCCUUGACUGUCCACUUGAGGCUACCUUGAAAAGUCCUGAAAUUCACAUAUACAGCCCAUCUCCACAGCAAAAAUAAACAUGUUUACAGUCUGAUUUAAGAAACAUUUAUGUCUACAUUUUGAUAUAGAGAUUUUUAUGUCGGUUUCAUUUUUCCAACACCAGAGGUUACUGCUGGGCUCAUGACAACAUCCUGUUCUUUUUGUUGGGGAUUUUCCAUUUCCUUUUUGUCCUGGGCAUUACAUGUCCAAGACAUGCAAGCCAAGUGAACUGGAAGCUCUAAAUCUAAAGUGUAUGUGCUGACAUAUACACAGAAAAGAUGUUCUGCCCAGGGUGGUGUUGCAAAAUGCAUGCUGGGACAUGGCCAUUGUAUAGAAGCAUAUGGAAGUAUGUGGUAUUAUGAAACAGCCUUUGCUCUAUUUCAAAAUGAAUAGGAGAGAGUGAAUAAGUCUGCUUGCAAUUUAAUCCAGAGCAAAAGCUAUGUUUUAAGUAUUUUAUUCAUUCUCAAGCCAUAAAGGAUACAGGCAGACUUAUUUGUUUAAGAUGUUCUCGUGUUCUCCCUUCUAGACCUGUUAAGUGUAAAGGCGUGAUGACCUGGGUUAACAUCUGGCCACCAACUGUGCAAAAAUGAUCCUUCUGUCAUUGUUCUCUGCUGUUUGUGUUUAAGUGUUCUUAUUCGGUCUCCUCCUGUCCAAAAUUGUGAAAAUUAGAUCCAGAAACAUGAGUUCAUUGAGUGUUAAACUCUGUAUUUGAGUGUUUAACAGGGAUAAAAAAAAAAUUAAGCUUUUGGUGUUGUUUUUGCUGUGCUGUCGUGACUCCUCAGUUGACUUCAAUGAGGGUCAACGUGGCAGUGUUUCCACUCUCUCUUUCACAGCCUCGCUUUUUCCCCUCGAUGUCGAGCCACGUGAAUAUCUUCCCUCUCCCCCUCACCCUUGUGCUCUCAACCUCUCCCUCUCUUUCUCUCUGAACUGAAGUGAGCAAUGUGUUUUCCUCUGGUGUGUGUUUCAGACGAGCUGCAAUUUAUGGUUCUUUUUCAUUGUCUGCAUCACAGAGGGUGGCCUGGGGCUCCACGGGAUAGAAUUGUCCCAAUGAAAACACUCUUGUAAUUAUAACACUUGUUAGUAAUUACUGCUACAAUAUUGAGCAGUAUUAGGCUAAUAUAUCAAGAUUGAAGCCCCUGAAUUGCAAUCAGAUUUAAGUUCAAUCUUCUUUGGGACAGAAUGACUUAUUCCAUUAAAUGCCUCUUAAUCAAAUAUUUUGAUAAAGCUCUCAAUAAAAAUAGAGGUAGAGUAAGAAUCAAGGUACCGAUAUCAGAAAUAUCUCCAACACGACCAUAUCUGCUGUUGAUUGUGAUUUAUUUCGUAGUUGUUCAAACAGAAACUGUAAUUUUGACAAACUGACUAGUCUAAAAGUAGGAAAACACCAAGAAAACAGUCAAAAUUAUGCAACAUUUUUUUACACUAGGAAAUACUGCAGAUAAACAUCAUUAUACCUGCCAAAAUGCUAGAUAUUUAAGUAAAGCUUUAGCAUUGUAGCAGUGGCCCUUAGCUGGAAGUACAGUGCUAGCUUGUGACAAGUGGCUGCUGCUACAGUUUAGAUUACAGUGACCAGACGUCCCCGAUUUCUGUAUUGGAUGACCUGUCCCCGGCUUAAGCAUUUCAUGAAUGAGAACAAAAAUGUUGUGUGUAGACUAGAACAACAGUUUUUAUGGUAGCUGAGUAAAUAGGAAUCACGUGUGGGCAUAGGAAGCAUGUUGCGGGCAGUCCUGAACAACAAUUUUUACAGGGGGUUAUUACGGGGGGCGCACCAAGAUGUUGUCAGUGAUCACACAGCCCAUGCCCAUGAUGGUAUUUAAUCAGCUGAUCAAAUGUACACAUUUGAAACCAGUGUUUUACCAACACUUUUGCUGACUCAGCAGAUUACUUACACGCUUAUUUAUUCUCCUCAUUCCCUAUGAGACAGAGGAGGACUGAAAAAAUGUCUUUGUAUUGACAUCAAGGGGCCUUGUCUAAAAGUGUAUUUUUUUCUGCUGGCUUAAUUUACAACUUCAAAUUUCCUUCUGGUUCCUAGUAGUCACUGGUAUGCUUCACAUUUACUUAAAUUCAGUGGUAUUUUUGUGUCGUAGAAGCAGCUCUAGACCUGAUUUCUGGAGAAAUAAAGUGUGCUUUGAGUCUUUCCUGUACGGACCUCUACCAUUAAUGUUGUCAAUGAUGUGUAUUGAUUGAUGUCUACGAUUUGGCAUUGGUGGCCGUGAGGUGUAAAAAGGAAAUAAAUGCUUCUAGCAGUAAAAUCAGUGCUCUAACCUUUCAUAGUGAUGCACUUUGGCUGUUGUUACUACUGUUGAUACUGGCUCUGUAUCAGCUUCCUUGCCCCACCAAAAGACCUCUAUAGGCUUCACACUGCAGUCUAGAAGAAUAGGUGUACAACAUGUGAACAUAAAAAGGGUUAACUACAUAGCAAAAGUUUAUCAAACUGUAGUUUUACAUUACACUACUUGCAUUAUCUUAAUAACAUUAAGAGAAAGGCAGAUUUUAUAAAGUGUGUUUUGGGAAUUGAAAAGAUUUCAGAUAGUCUUUUACAUUUAUAUUAUCUUAGUUCAGUGGCUGCCUCUACAGUUUUAUAGCUACCGUCCCCAGAGCCACUGAUGUGGUCUGAGACAGCCAAAUAUUUCUGUGAUCCAGAACAAUCUGUUACUUUAUGGUUUUGGCAGUCUUUAUCGUGUCCUUCUCACCCUAUCUCAAAAGAACAGAGUGAAAAGCCUCUCCCCCUUGACGGAUAGUCGUUUCCAGGGUCUGUAAGCAUAAUUUUUAGCUUUCUUUCUUCCUCUUCCUCCCUCCCAGGCUAUUUUUUUGGAGUCUCUGUUCUUUUCUUGGAUCAGGCCCCCAGGAUCUGUAACCCCUGCCAGAGCCAAAAACGAUCCCACCCAAGGGGGUUUCAUGUCAGCAGAGCAUAGGAAGUCAGUUUGUCCAGUGCUGUUUCGAAUCAAACUCUUCCAGAUGCACUUCAGCUGACAUUACAUAAGUUUAUAGUGCUGCUCCCAACACGGACACAUUAUAGGCAAGCAAUAUAAACAAAAUAAAGGGAGAACAAAUCCUUAAUAGCAAUCUGUCAAAGCUGACUAAUAGGUUUGCUGCAUAAUUUCUGCUGAUUUCCAAAAUAGAGGGAAAAAAACUGAAAAACUAGCCACAGUGGAACGCAGUCCUUGGGACAUUUCAGCCCAUUAAAUUGUUCAUAUCUGUUUUUUUCUAUUCCCUGUAUAUUUUGAUGUGCUCUUACUUUGAUAUUCUGAGCUCUGCCGGGCAGUGUGCCUGAGUGGUGAGUCACCUAAUGAUUCCAGCGUGGGCUGCAAGGAGAAAAAGUCACUUAAGUCUGUCCAAGUCCACUGGUAAAAGCAGUUUUGAUUGGGACCCAUUACAGCUCCAACAGACUUUAUGGUGGUAAAAUAAAGUGUUGUUAUACCACUUUGCUAUGUUGGAAAGGCUACUCUGUAAUAACCUUUUCAUGGGCAACAUGGCACUUAGGGGUGGAAGCAAAUAACCACUGCAAUGCCAGCCAAAGUAGAUGUCUUAUUUGUGGUUCAAAGUUGUAACCUAAUAUUACAAAAGGUUAUCAAAUUGACACUAAGCAUGUGAUUAAAAUAAAUAAUAAUAAUAUUAGACCAAAUAACAUAUAGAACUCACAUAUUGCAAAAGGAGAAAAAAAAACAAAAGUUGAGUUUGAUGUUUAUACAGCGCUUCUUUAAUGUUCUUAUUGUAAAAAUAAGUAAUAAAAGAAUAAAUUUAAAAAAAAUAAGGAAUGACUCAAUGAAUGGACUUUGACAGAUGGAUAAAAAUUCAUAAAACUCAAAGGUACAGUGUGUACAAAUAGCAAUAUUCAGUGGUAUUAGUUUUUUGAGCUUGAAUGCAACCUUGCUCACCUCCCUAUCCGAGCAAGUGAGUACAGUUACCUUCAAGGAUGAGAAACUCCCUUCAGGUAUGACGGGUAUGAUCCUCCGUUUGUCAGCAGCUCGUCUUUUCUUCUUUUUCCUCCACGUGGAACUUUUUUUUUUGUGGCCUAUACGGAUUACAAAAACACAACUGUUACUAGUUUGUCCCUCCUGUGCUACAGUAGAAACAUGGUUGUGCAAAAUGUCGCUCUAAAUGAAUGUCUAUGUUAACAAAAACAAAACAAAACAACACUGUACAUAGAAAAUUUUAUCUCAUUUCUACCAAGUCUGUUUGGCUAAACUCUAUUGACUUCCACACACUGCACUUUUAAAGGAAUGAUUGAGAUUUUUUGUAUCGUUUACUUUAUUUCAAACUCAAAAAAGUAACUAAAAAAAAACCAGAACACUACUAAAAAUAGUCCGAUAGCAUGUACACAACCUCCCAACACCAUUUUUAGGAUUAUCAUGGAAGUAAUAUAAAGGAUAAGUUGGCGACUCAAUACCUGGAUGGAGAGUUAUAUUAAACAGGAAGACAGGGAGGAUGAGUUAUUACCUGAGACAGGUGUCUCCUACAUCUUUUCCAGAGAACAGGAGCUGACGUACAGUUGUUUCACGCUCCAUAACCCACAGGGAGCAGAAAGCAAGGAGAAAUAAUUACUCUCUGAAACGAGUAGUGUUAUGGAGAGCAUGAUCUAAACAAAGUAAGUGAGGGAAAUGUUAUCAAGAGAAGAAUAAUCAGGUGUUAGUUAUAAAUGAGCACAGAGACAGUCUCUUGGAGGUUUUGGAUAUGUGUUAUACAGUGUAAUGAAUGUUUAAUAUAUAGAGUUUCUUGUGAUUAAAAGUUCCAAGAAAUGUCAAGAUUGACUUAAGAGAACUGCUCAUAGUUCAGAGUGCAAUUGUUUUCUUCUUACAAAGAGAUUCUUACUUUAUGUUCAUGUAAAAACCAGCCAAGAAUUCUGAAUUAUUAAGAUCCAUGCUACGGUUUCUUUUUACGUCUACAUUUACAUUACAUAGAAUAUUUCCAUUUAGCAGGAAGAAAUAUAUUUUUGUAUCAUGAACUUUUUAGAUAACCAGCAUAAGCUUGGAAAUUACAUGGUUACCUAUUAUGUUUACGAAGGUAUGGGAUUGUUUUUGUAAUGCCGGCCAGCUUCUUAGUUGGUUUGCGAGACUAAAAGAACUAAGCAGUCAUAAAGCAGUCAGCUAUUAAUGUGCUAGUUUCAUCAUCUCAACAUCUCAAUUAAGAGGAUGUACUCAGCAAAAUAAAUCAUGGCGUAGUUUAUUUUAAGCUUUUACAUAUUUAAAUUGUUUAAAUUAUUACAUUUUUUAAAAUUUGUUCAAAUGCAGUUAUUUCAGUUAAAAUGUAUAAUUAUGUUUUAAAUAUGAAGAGCUAUGGAUCAACCAAGAUUAAUUUAGGUAAAAUUUAUGAGACAGAAACAAAUUGGAGUAAUCAAUCAUGAAUACAUAAAUCUUCAUUUUUUAUUCUGAACAUAUUGGGUUUAUUUGUAUUAUUACAUAAAUGUAACCCCUAAUUGUUUCAUUUACAUUUGACUGACGAAUAUGCAGCACAUAAAGUUUAUUGGCCUGUUUUUGUUAAAUCUAAGUAAUUCAUAUGGAUGGAAAUUUUAUAUGCAAUGAGGCCUAAAUAUUUCUGUGAGUGUGCUUAACAUGUGCACAACAUAAAGAGUUUUACAUCAGAAAACAGGCCCAUUUCUCAAAACGCAUUGCUGACUUCCUAGCAGCGAUAAGCCAACACAGAAGCACGACAGCUAAGUAUGGGGAUUAGGUGACUUUAUGAGGAGCCAGCUUCAGAGGACACUUGUUGAACUGCAGUUUGCGGCACUUCCGGAGGCUGCUGCUUCUCCCAAACCUAAAAUUAGCUGCAUGAGUCACCAUCCUCUCCUCAUCAGCAGUUAAUCAUGGUAACACCACAUCACUUGUUAUUACCCCUGCCACUGAUGGUGAUGGAGAUGCAACCUCUCUGUCUGACCCUUGUUGAGUGUAUCUGUGCAUGGCUGGACACUGAUUGGCUGGGCGCGUGUGUGGCAGUGUGUAGGAAGGACCCUGACACCCUCAAGCCACUGAAUUACUGCUCAGGAAACACCCAAGAAGAUAAAGUGUCGACAGACAGGAACCUUCCCACACACAUAAACUCUCCCCCCCCAGCAGACAAAGAGGGGCUGUUUUAUGUGUCAGUGUGACUGCCAAAGCAGAGAUUAAUGGGGUUUUGUGGGUGGUUGUUACUUUGUAAUAUUCUGCUGAAUUAAGUUUGAGGGGCUUAAACACAACUCGGAUUUACAACUUUAUCCGCUAGUUCCUACCUGUAGAACUCAACAGUAAAUCUACAAAGAAAUAUAAGCACUUAAAGUCAGAUUAUCUCUUAAAUCUGUGCUCACGAUGUAGCGGAAACUCCGACAAAAACAAAAAGACUGUUACAAACCGAAAACAGCUGGAGUCAAACUUGAUUCUUUUCAUGUUAUACAGCGCAAGAAUCACAGAUAAGAAACUACUAUUGAUUUUUUUAAGCUUUUGACUUUACACUUUAUUGCAUUCUUAAUACCCUGAGACUUAGUAAGAGGUCAUGUAAAGUGAACAAGUGGUUAUGCAAGUUAGAGUUACAACAGAGGGAGCACAGCCCUGAUGUGAAAGAAAGAGGUCGAACCCCCGGUGCUCUCUCGCAGGACAAAUUAACAUUUAAAGGUGGGGUAGGCAGGAUCUGAGGAAGUGCCAGUUUUUGGGAGAAAUCUUGAAUGUAAACACUACCCCUCCAAACCAGUUUUCCCCUCAGCUCCUCCUCUCCCCUCACUCUCUGCUCCAGCAAGCCCCGCCCACAAACAGACGCUCCUGUUCGCUUGUAUCAUUUCAAUUAAAUUCAGAUAUAAUGCAGAUAUAUACUUCAAAGAAAUUACAAAUGGGGCCCAGUCAAUGUGAAAGUAAAAAGCAUUGGUGCUACUGUAGAUGCCAACAGACUACCAGCAAACACAAUGUUUGCAGGACUUCUACAACAAGGAUAAAGUGACAUACUCCGGGACCCGAGGUAAACAGUUUGGCGGCGCUACAACACACAGUAGGUCCCGUUUGACAAGAAACACCUCUGUUACAGACACUUGGCUUACUUUGUUAAAGCAGUUUACCUGUCCAGCAGAAAGGUUACAGGGUCAGUAAGAUCUCAAAACAUCCCACAUCGUUUAAGCUGACGUUGACCCGGUCUACCUCUGUUUUAGGCGCCCGUUAUUCCAUCAGAGUCUCCGGUAUUUACUUUGUUUUAUUGCUUGUGUUUUCCGUACUUUAUGGUUGAUUUCUACUGUCCGAUGUUGUAGCACGCUAACUCUGCUUGGGCUCGUGCACGUUAUUGGAGGACAUGGAGCGUGCCUCACAACAAAAGGGAGCUACGUCCGCCUCACAAUCAAUCAGGUUGGGGGAGGCGGAGAAUGGCUUUGUUUACAGUUGAAAACAGCGGGCCGCUCAAAGAAUUUAAAAUGUUGACGACACAGACAUAAGAGAACACAGCGAUAUCAUUUUAUGCCCAAAUGUCAUCAAUAACUAAUAGCUAUUGACUGAUAUUAGAAGCGUUUUUGUAUGUACACCAAAAAAAAAAAAAAAAAAAGGGUCUUCUUUAACAGAAUCCUGCCUACCCCACUUUUAACUAAACAUUUCAACUGAUGGUCCAUGGAAGUGGUGCCCCUGACUAGUUUAUGGUUUUACCUAGUUUGCAGUGAUUGUGAAAGUUAUAGUAUCAAACCAUCAUGUUACCAGUAUAGUAUCAUUUAAUGAAAGGAUUUAUGUCUUCAUUGUAAUGUGUUAUCAUAUUUAAGAUUCAGAUGUAACAUGCUUCUCCCUCUGCGAAUUUCACCGUCUUUGUGUCUCAGACACAAUUUUCCUUGAACCUGACCCCAGGUGUCCUCUGAGACGUUCUGAAAAUGAGGAGGGACAGGGGACUCAUCUGUAGUUAAUGACUGAUGGAUGGCCCUUGAAAAAGGACACCGCAUUUACAUGAUGAACGUGUCAGGAGGAUGAUUGAGAGUGACAUACAAGGCCUCUAGCUGCUAAAUGCAAUGGGAGCAACAUUUAUAAUAACUUGUCAACAGCUUUCAUUUGCAUCGUAUGAUUCCUCCUGUUUUUUAUUGUUCACUGCAGACUUAAGAGUGAGGAGAAAUGUUGAUGCCAAUCUCUGUGUGAAGGUCCUCUAAAUACUGAAGAAUAAGUUAAAGUCUUUCUGAGAUUGAUGUUGGAUCUUGUAAAAUUUGUGACAAAAGGGUUGCAAAUAUUUAAAACUUGACUCAUACUAAACAAAUAUUUAAGCAUCUGAAAUGCAAAUGUUUGAUGGUUCCCAUCCAUAAAAACAGGAUCACAACCAUAUUUCCUUGUUUGUUCUCAGCACUGUUUUGCCAUCAUGUCCAUUUAAGAUCAAACUAUUUGUGUCCUUGAGUUUAUACAGUGAUUGGAAGCUCAGUGAACAGUAUGUGGUGUGUUUUUUUUUCCCUCCAGAUCGAGGCUACUGCGACUGUGGGAUGUGUGAGUGCGAUGACGGCUGGUCUGGAGAUGCCUGCCAGUUUCAGGAGGAGUGUAACCUCUCCAACAAGAAGAGCAAAGAGCUCUGCAGAAACCCACAGGGGGUGGUGUGCUCCAACAGAGGUAGCCCAUUGAAAGCCAACACUUUAGUACACACACAAACACUUCAACAAAUAAUCUCAGCGAUAACGUGAGAAAGAACACAUAAGAGAAAACAAGUUGCAUCAUGGGAGCCAAAAGUUGUGCAUAAAUGAGAACAUAUAAACAUAAAAUAAACACUGGAAAUUCACAUAAAACUUUAUGUUGGAUAUUCUAAUUUUGCUUUUUCCUGGCACUUGUGCACUGCUGAUAAAAGGUUUUUAUAUUGUGAAUAGUGGCUUUUUAUUAAGUUAAAACUCUGUAUGAACCCAUUAAUAAUGACUGAAGUUCUUGACAGUCAGGAUAUGAAACAGUCAUGCUAAGCCCAUUUAUUUAAGUGGCUUUGCACUUGUUUUUUUGGUAACACUUUAUUUGACGUCUAUCUCUUUAAGGCAUUACAAACAUAUGUAUAAUGCAUAAUAAUCACAUUGUAGCACUGUGUAACUAGUUAUAAACACUCAUAAAUAACACAUUAUAUCAUGACUUACAAGGUCAGUUAUUAAAUGUGUUAUUACUGGUAACAACUCACUAACAAUGCCCACAUAGAUAAUGCAAUGCAACUGUUGUUCACAGUUUUAUACAGGGAUUAUAAAUCAACUUAAAAGUGGGGUUAAUGACGAACACCUGUUUCCUCUGGUUACCUAGGUGACCGGUUCCGCCCCAUCUAAGCUAUGAUUGUCAGACAGUACAGUAUAAACAGUAUAUAUAGGUAUACUGAUAAUUCAAUUUGGUGUUAAUAUCACCACAGAGAGCUAACCUCAUACACAGGUUAGUGUGAUUAUAUCUGUGGAAACUUAAUCGCACAUUGGCACAAUGUUCUUAAAGCACACACUGUGAGGUGAUGGCUGAGGUUGUCGUCCACACACUGAGCCCUUCACCCACACGGGUUUAACCUCACCACGGCCUGCGUUGCCUACAGCUUAAUGAAGGGUAAAUGCAAAAGUGUGUGUCCUUCUGAACACGUGCACUACAGUGUGCGGCCUGUUUAACAGCCUAGAAAUACAAAUUUAUGCACAGUAGGUUGUUGUCUAGCCUUCUGUUUUGUCCCUGUAGUGCAUCAUUUGAAAAGUCCCGACACACACAAACACAUACUGCCACCACCAGUUGUAGGGCUGCCCAGACACAUGAUGCCUAGACUGUGCCUGCGAUGCUCAUCUGCAAACCAGCUGGGUUCUCUUGUCUAGAAGUGCAAUCAUCUAAACAUUCAUACAUCCUCCCACCUAUACCCAAACCACAUAAACACACUCACAGACUUCAUCUCCUCCAGCAGUGAAUUUAAACUCUGUCUGAAAGUGGCCAAAUUUUUCCACAGGCACCUGUCAGUGUGGCAGCUGUCUGUGUGACAAUGAGGACAACAGGGGUCUAGUGACGGGACGUUUCUGCGAGUGUGACGACAGCGAGUGCCUGGAUGAGGACACCGGAGAGGUGUGUGGAGGUAUGCCCCCAAAAUCCCAGUCUCACCAUGCUCCCUUUUAGCUUAGUUCAAAAGGUAUGUUUCCAAAAGGACUGUCUAUUAUUCUUAGUUGAAAUUAAUAGUUGUUGGCAGCAAGAAACAGCAGUAAAACAAAGGCUUCCAUAAUACCUGGUUUGUAAUUGUGACAGAGCUAAAAUCAUAUGAUGUGUAAAAAAAAAAAAAAAAGAAACACUUGUGAAUGCCUGUCAGGGAGUUGCAAAGCCAGAAUUAGCGGCCUGCCCUGUUUUUUGUAUGGUCCUCCGGGAAGUGACAAAGUUGAAAUUGAUAUUGAUCUUUACGUCCAGCUUGUAGGAGAGGAAAUAAACAAUUUUUGUGGAGCAGUCUCCAUUUGUUGUUAGUUUAACUUCUGUUUGUUGUUGGAUCGAGUUCACACAAAUAUUUUCCCACAUGUUGCCAUCAAGGGUAAGGCUGUGAAAUGGCACUUUGCCCUGAGAUAACCUAUCAGCCUCAUGGCUUUUGCUGGUCAGAGACUGUUUGAGGUUAGUUGUUGUUGUUCUUUUCUCUCUGCAUUUGACUGUAUUAAAUCAUUCUUGUUCCUGCUGCAAACAAACAUGCAGCUGGAACAAGGAAUACAUUUCUAUGUGCAAAGGUUUUAAUAUAUACAAAAAGAUUCAUGUUGGAAUAUUCUUCAUUUAUAGUUCUGAUAAAAGACUGGAUGUUUGUGUUUUUGCUUGGAUUCAUUUGUCAGCUUUCCUAGUAAUUACGCAGCCUUUUGAUACAUUACAAUAUGGACAUUUAAAUAAGCGAGUUCACAAGUUCAUCUCACUGUCUGUUUAUCUGACCAUCGGUUUAUAACACUGACAGUUGUUGCGUUCUGAUCUGUUUCCAGGCCAUGGCCAGUGUUACUGUGGAAACUGCUACUGUGCCGCUGGUUGGCAUGGAGACAAAUGUGAAUUCCAGUGUGACAUCAGCCCAUGGGAAAGCAAGCGGAGAUGCACAUCGCCAGAUGGCAAAAUCUGCAGUAACAGAGGUCUGUUUACUCGUCUUACAGCCAAUGCACAAUACUGGAAACACCUUUUGUCGUCCCUAAUGCCAUUUUAAAUGGAUGUUUUUUUGGAGAUUGCAGAUUUUAAAGGUGAAAUUAUCUUUUAUAUAUCAAUUAAUUAAAAUAAAUCAAAAAUUGUAUCAACAAAUAAAGAAAGCAAUCUGUUUUCAAUAACCAUUUUCGAACACGGACGUAGAAGGCAAAAAUGCAUGUUAAUAUUACACAUGUAUUUUUUGCAAAAAUGUGAAUAUAAGUUUGUUUCUACUGAAUUUCAGAGUUGCUAAAAAAAGCAAAACCUGGGACAUGACAGGACAAAUAUACUGUAUGUGUUAAGUUAAACUACUCCUCAUGACCUUUAAGCGAUCAUUUCUCUACAGCUAACACAAGCAUUUAACACUGGGCUAUAAAAAAAACUCUAUUUGGCGAUAAUGUGCAUUUUUUUUACUAACUAUUAAGUGUGGAUGCUAUAGGUUCCAAAACAAAUGAUAAAACCAAUCAUUUUAAAAAUCUUUAUCAUGUUAGCAAAGUAGAAAGACCAUUUAAAAAGAAUUUAUAAACUUGCACCUCAACCACAACAAACAAUAUUUAGCAGUAUCUGAGCAUCCCACCCAGAGAGUGACACCAGUGACAUUUCUGCCAAUAAAAAAAGGAAAAGAAGAGGUGACAUAAUAGAAAUUAUAUGAAUAAAUUUCACAAUCAAUCAAGAUUUGAGUAGAUUACCACGACAGUUUCCAGUAAGAAUGACAAGAGGACUCAAGCUCUAUGCAUCUUCUGGAAAAUCACUAAUGAAAUGAUUCACCUUGAGGAUUCACCUUUAAAAGUGCAAAUGUGGAAAAAAAAGAUGGAGAUAAAGGGAGAAACGGUCUGGUUUGAGAAAUCCUCAUAAAAAUUCAUCUGAAAAUCAUCAGAGCUUUUCAGGCAGUCAAAGAAAUAGCCUAUCUAACCAAGCUCAAGUGAUCCUGGGGGAUUUCAGCAAAGCUCUCUAAUAUUAAUUAUAGUGCACUGGCUGAGCACUGGCUAAGUGGUAGGGCUAAAUGGUAGGCUUCAUGGACCAGCUUCAUGAUUUAUGGUUAAGAGCAGCACAGCUAACACAGCCUGACCAGCCAGCCACUGUGCUCAUGCUGUAGGAUUCCGUUGUACUCCUCUGCAGUAGGAAAAGGCUAACAAAGGUCAGCAGAUCCCUGGAGAAACCAGAGAAAAGAACAAAGUAGAUGUGACUGCAGUGAAAUAGGUGAUAGCACAAGUUUGAAAAGAAAAAAAAGUCUCUAGUUUAAUUUUAAAGUCAAACCAAAUGUAUUCAUUCAGUUUAUGUUGUCAGCUCAACUUCAUUUUCCAAUCCUUUCCAGUGUAUGCAGUAUUAUCAAUGGGGUUUAAAGCAGCUUUAAGCUGGAAGUGAAACAAAUUGAAGUUGAUACUGAUACCUCUUCACGACCUACAAAAGCAAAUGAGACAAUCAGGAACAACACUGAAAAUUUCUGUUACUGCAUUUUCUUAAUGCCUGAAACUAAUGUGAGAGGUUAGGUUUCAGAUGUCCUCCUGAAGCCUUUUUACUGUGUUUUUUUAACAGCAAAUAUUACAAUAACUUAUUGCUCAUCGAAGAAAAGCUAAACUUAAUAUUUUAAUAGAAUUUAUUACCUCUAGAUGUUCAGGACAACAUAAACAUUUUCCAGAUUUCACAGAGACAUGAAUGAGCUGCAUUAUUAAAGGAUAAUAAUAAUAAUAAAGCACUUUUAGACUUUUGGUCUUCAAGCAUAAACAUGUCCUCUAGUGAGAAACAGUUGCAGAUUUGUUACAUCAAUGCACCAAAACUGUUUGGGAAAACAUCAAGGUUUGGGCUUAAAUAUGAACUCAUCUGUACACACCAGUUAAGUCCCUUAGAACAGAAAAUAAAAGCUCCUGUGAGGAACUCUUAUCAUGCAGAGGAUUUCUCUUUUUAUCUAACAAAUAAAAAAAAUGUUUUGGUCUGCAGCAGAGGUCUCAAACAUUAAAACAACAUCAUCUAAACAACUGAGCCCCUUGCAGAUACCCUUGUUUGCUAUUUUAACUCACAAAAAAGCAUUAGCAUUUAUUUCAAGCUAAUUCCUCCUAUUAUAGAAACAUUAUGAUAAAUGUAUUAAAAAUGCAUGGUAAGUAAGAUAGUAGAAUUUCUGCAGUCUGUUUGAAGGGCCAUUGCACCAAUUACAAAUGUUUUUACUCAUCAUUACUCUUGAAUCCUCCAUUUUAACUCUCCCCCGUUAAGUUUAAACACACCAACAUCUCAUAAAAUUCUUAUAGGGUCUCAUUCUGUUCAGUCCAUAUCUGCUUAUAAUUUAAUCAACUCUUAAUUCCCAUUCCUACAUGUUUUAUAAGUAGCUUUUUUAAUCCAGACCAAUUCUUAUCUACAGCAUUAUGUGAUUACUUAGAAAUGAAUGGAGGGAGAUGAUUACAUAAAAACAUCUGAUUUGGUUUCAUCGUCAUGUGUAGAUGUAGAGAUUUGAUGUGUUUUGAAUAUGAAAAUAAAUAUGUUCCCCUAUCUCUCCUUUACUUUGCUCAACAGUCACCUUCAUCUCCCGCCCUGCUCACACUGUGACAUGAAUGAGAGAAUGAUUUGACUGACAAUACCCACCAGAUUUUUUUGUUUCAUUCCAACAAAGUGUCAACCCCCUCCGUCUGUUAGGUUCACCUUUCCUUCUCAGUCGAGCUAAUAAUAAACUGACUGGCGCUCUGUCAGAAUGAUAAAAGCGUCAUAAUGCUAGAGUCCAAAUAUAUGCAAUCAUAUAUGAUUUCCUGAGCAAAAGUAUUUUAAGUGGAGAUAAUGUUGUUGCAAGAGACACCACCUUGGAUGUUUCCUCUUGUUUUCUAUCUGGAAUUCAGAAAUCUGGUCUGAAAAUGAACAAUUUCAAAAGAAGAGUCCCGAUUAUUGAGAUUUUACUGCCUUUUUUUACAGCUGCCAAAAUCUGCCCUGGUAAAGUUUGGCUGUGGCAUUAGUGGCACAUAAAAGUGCACGGCCCAUAAUCCACAGCUUUAGGGUUAUGAGGUGGUGAGUUAGACUGAAACCGAGGGCCAGAGGCCAGACACGCACCAGCCACAGCCCACAGGCCUGCCAGCUGGCCCGGCUCCCCCGGGGUUUCCCUGUGCUCUGUCACUGCUGAUAAGAGAAAAUGGGAUUUCCACUGGCUGCUGCUCAGCUGACACCCUGUCUUAGAUGUAAAACAAAUGAGAAAAAGAAAGGCAGAUAGAUGGAUAAGGAAGUCAAAUGAGAAAGAAGGGGAACAGGUAUUCAUUCCAGAGGUGUCCAGCUCUGUUAAAGUGGUAAAAUAAAUCCUCCUAACCUGACUAACACUGGUGUAAGGACUUGUUAUUAGUCCAUAGAAGACGAGCUAUAUUUUUCAUCAUCUUCUGUUUGUUUGCUGUUUUCCAUCUCGAAAUGAAGCGUAAUUACUCUUCAAAUUAACACCAGCAACAUCUGUUUUUGUGGUUGUGUUUACUGUGGUUGUUAGGUACUUGUGUAUGUGGAGAGUGUACCUGCCAUGAUGUAGACCCCUCCGGUGAUUGGGGAGAUAUUCAUGGAGAUACAUGCGAGUGUGAUGAGAGGAAUUGCCAUGCAACCUACGACCGAUACACGGAUGACUUCUGCUCAGGUCAGCCUGCUCAUUUUUUAUUAGAAAAGUCAGAAACCUGUAUUCAUGAUUAUUAGAUGAAAUAGUAGAAUCACUGAAGAAGCAUGCACUGCAAAACACUGGCGUUAAGACUGGAGACAGGGUUUGAAGCUUGCUAAGCUCUAAAAUAGCAACAUGCAUUCAGACUGGCUGAGUGUACAGUAAUAUUUUUCAUAGCUGACCUAGACUUUUGAUUAAGCGUUGGCUUUGGACCAUAUCAGGUUGGUCUCCUGUUGAAGUCAUUUGUCACGUAAAGCUAACUAGCUUGUCAAGCUAAUAUUUCUGUGUACAAUUAUGAAGAAUUUGUAACCUUUGCACUCUGCCAGGUUUGAUGCACCUUCUGUUUUAAGUCUUAAUGCCAAUCGUAGCUAACUAGCUAAGUACACUUCAUUUACAUUAAACUUUUCUUGUUUAAAACCACUUUGCUAAGCUAAUCAAACAAGUUUUUAGUAUUGUACUGACAGCCCUAGUAGCUACUAUAAAGUUUUGAGAGCAGUGCUAAUGUAAAAUAUCAGUCGAAGAAGGUCCAACUCGUAAAAUGUCCAACUGCUACCAGUAUUUGUCUCAAUACCAUCUUCCUUUUUUUUUCUUUGGCAAGCUCUUUGCACUUCUGUAACACUAACAACAGCUCCAUUUCUGCUUUACAUACUUUGUUGCAAAAAGUAAACUCAAAUAAGGGAAGGAGUGUCGAUGACCUUUUUAUGUUUUCUCUAAAGAAUUAAUGAUGAAAAUAUGAUGGAUGCUACCAUUGCAUACUGUUGGUUAAGCUAAUAAUUCAUCCUCUAGAAGCAUUUUACAAAGUUAGCAGUUCUUUGGCACACACACCUACGAGUACAGCGAACAGUUUGAGAGACUACAAACUGAUUUCUUAUAUUAUUCCUCCAUCAGUAUAAUUCCUCUUCGUGUCCCCUACAUCACUUCAAGGCUGGUCACCUCACAGCUUAAAAGAAGACAGGCUGCAUGCCCUGUCCCAAGUGUAUUUUACCACCUCUUAUCCACCCUCUUCUUUCCCUCUCUCUGAAACACACUGACUCCCCUUUUGCUCUGUUUUCUCUGUCACAGCCUUUACAUUCCUCUACCUUGGUCUGUUUGACUACUUCACUGGAUGCUGUUUUCUCUCUGUUUUCUGGAUUUUCCUCCUUAAAAAUCCUCCACUUUGUCUCACCUCUCUGCUUCCUACACCUCUCCCCCUCUCCCCUCCGCAGGUCAAGGCCAGUGUAAUUGUGGCAGGUGUGAUUGCAAGGACGGAUGGGCCGGGAAGAAGUGCGAGCAUCCUCUGUCUUGCUCGCUGUCUCUGGAGAGCAGUCUGAAGAAGUGUCGCGGAACGUCCAAUUUGCCCUGCUUCGGACGAGGUACCUGCUCUUCCCAUCCCUGUCCUGUUGCCAUGGUUACCGAGGCAGGCCGGCACUCCGUCCUCACCUCUUGGUGUAAAAUAGGCCAUUUCCAGUCUUUCGUAUCUCUUAAUCCAUCCUUAAGAGGGCUGUAAAGAUGCCAAGGUGCCGAGCAAUCAAAUCAGAUAGAAUCUUUUAACAAGCCUAGAACAAAAAACAAGACACCGUUUUUAUUGCUGUAUUCAUUCACACAAAUGAAUUGGAAAUGUGUGGGUUUUUUUUCCAUUGUACUCAUUCAUAUGUGUAUAUAUUCGCAAAGUUAUGUGCCUAUGUGAGAUUAAGGUGCUUCAUUUGCCUUCAACAAUGUAAGCCUCGGCAGGGAUGUCUCUCUCACUCGAACAAGCUGUGGGUCGAUGUGUCGAGAUUUAUUACAGUGCUCUGUAUGCUUCAUUAGUGGCCCUUCUGGACAGAGGAAGCUUGUUUUCUUGGCACUUCUAAAUGUUAGGUCUGAUACUAAUAAUGGAUUUAGAUACUCAGGCAACACAGCAAACCAAUACUGCCAAGAAACAAGGGUCUGGGUUGUGCUUCUAUUGUUGUGUCUUAGACAUUAAUCCUGAGUCUGUUGAUUGAUGACAGUGAGAGGAAAGUGGGCGAAUAGAUACAUUAUGGAAACAGCACUGUAAAUUUUAGGGCUGGAAAUUCCAAUAACUAGAGGCAGUGUUUGUGUUUUUCUCUACAGAAAGAGAGAUUUACUGUGCACAACAAAAGGAUUUUACCUUUAAAAACUUUAUGGCUCCCAACUUCAGAGUUAAAAAUCAAAAUGUAUUUACUAUAUGACAGUAAAAAAGUCAACGUCAUCUGCUUCUCUAGGUGUGUGUUUGUGUGGCUGCAUCCUAUUGGAUUGUUAAUCUUUGUUACAAACCUGCCAUCCCUUAAUGGAUAUCAAAAUUAAGACUAUAUUUCCUAAAUCCCAGGAAGUGCAUAACAUUGGCUUCUUCAGUCAAUAUUUGCAGCUCCACAUAAAAAUGCGGAUUCCAAAAACAGUGCAGCCAGGUAAAAUGUGAACAAAGACAGAUUUUUAUAGUUUAUAAAUAACUCAACUCUAUAUUAAACUGAAAACAGAGCAAACAAUUGGAAAUAAAAUCCAGUGUAUAGUCUGUUAAAAUAUGAUGCUGGUAACAUGUUUCGAAAACGUUGUGACACGAGCAUGUUUGUCACAGUGUUGUAUUACUUCUUCUAUUUAUCAAGGCUUUAAAAGUUUGGGUACUGAAGGAUAUGUUUUGAAGUUUUGAAAGUACAAUGCUGUCCCAUUCGUCUCUGAUUUAGUGUUAAUUGUUUGGGGCCUCCUUUGUCAUCAUUUCUGCGUCAUGAUGUGCCUCAGUUAGUGACAAGCCGAAACCGCAGGAAGGCCGGUUUAGCACCUGAACUCCUCUAGCAAUCAAAUUAAUGUGACUCUUUUAACUUUGACAGAAACUGUGUGUUAAUAAAAGACCCCAUCCUCAUAGGAGGACAUUGCCUUAGGCCUUCACAGUCUGUACUGUAUUAAUAUGAGCUUAAUGUUGAACUCGUGCCAAAACAGCUCGAUGGGCACCAUAAAAAGUGACAUUAAAAGUGUCCCAGGCAAAGAUUGUCUUGACCAUCACCCACAAUUCACAAUCUCCAGUGAUUAUAGGUUUAUUUCAGGUAAAGUCAAGCGAAGUUCACCGUACACCAAUUGAUCCAGACUUCCAUAUCAGCUGACAGCCUAGCUGAUUACCCAACAAGCAAAUGUCAAACUAGUGCUCUUUUUAAAAUACUUAAGGCCAUCCUUAUCUUGCUGCUACUUUCGCAAAUCGCACAGCAUCCCACCUCCACCCCUGCUCCUUCUUUUUGUUCUGUCUGAUUUUACCAGUGACAUUUGUAUCGUCACUUAUGCCUCCUCCUUCAGUUACUUGGGGGUCUUUUAUUUAGAUCACCAACUAUUCAACAGCUUAAUUGAGUGACACAUAUUAUUAAUAAAGAUCAUGCUAAACCACUGCUCACCAUUCACAACCCAGAGCUACUCAACCAGUGAAGGGAGAAAAAAUGAUCAACCUUUUGUAAAGCCACAAUGAUUCAUCUCCACAGGCAGAGGAUAUUCACGCCCCUGGCCACAUCUACAACAUUCAGUGUUAAACUGAAAACUAUUGGACUGAAGUAAAAAUGAAAUUUAACCACAGUUAUCUACAAAUGUAGCAUCUGAAGUGAGGUCAAAGUGGAUGAUUGGAUAUCACUGUCAGCAUAGCUACAGCCAAGGAUUAAACACAUUCUCAGGGCCAGUGUUCAUGUGAACAUUUGGGCUGAUGGUUUAAUUGGAUGUACAUGGUACCAAGGACAAGAAAUAUGUGACUAUAUCAAAACAGAUGUUGUACCUCUGUGUACAGACCAGUCAUCCAAAGAAUAAUCUUUGUGCAAGAGUAAAGAUUAAAAUGAUGUAACAUUGCUGGAGGGCAUUUUUUUAACCUGGAAAAUCAAAAGUGAAGACAAAAAAAGCAGCCUAGCUGGUGAUAUUUUCACAGUAUAUGGGAUAAUAAAGAACACUAAAUUUAUAAUCUUUUGUGAAAUUUACUUACUGAUUUGAGGUUUGAAAGUUUGAUUCACAAGUGGAGUAACAGGGUAUUAAUGAGGGGUCCCAGCAAUAAAAGUUUUGGUAACCCUUUCAUUUACAGUACACUUAUUACCAGGUAAUUAACAGGUAAUUACCUGGUAACAACAUGAAAUUAUCUGGUAAUUACAUGAUAACUACUAAGUCAAUACUGUCGGUAACCCUUUCUUUUACGGUACACUUAUUACCAGGUAAUUAACAGGUAAUUACAUAGUAAUAACAUGACAUUAUCUGGUAAUUACAUGAUAACUACUAAGUCAGUUAUCAUGUAACUGACUUAGUAGUUACAUGAUAACUACCAAGUCAAUACUGUUGGUAACCCUUUCUUUAAUGGUACACUUAUUACCAGGUAAUUACCAGGUAAUUACCUAGUAAUAACAUGAAAUUAUCUGGUAAUUACAUGAUAACUACUGAAUCAAUACUGUUGGUAACCCUUUCUUUUAUGGUACACUUAUUACUAGGUAAUUGACAAGUAAUUACCUAGUAAUCACAUGAAAUUAUCUGGUAAUUACAUGAUAACUACUAAGUCAAUACUGUCUAGUUAUUCUUUUUUUCUUUUUUCUGUGCAGCUCCAUUUUCAAAAGCUAUUUGGAGUUCUUAUUUUCUGUGAUUGACACUUCAUACAGCCUAUGGGCGUGCGAAGAUUGCGUAGAGAUACGCUGUUUGAGCCGAGCAUUAUCACAGCAACUCACCCGCCGAAUGAGUACAAUGCUACCGCGCAAGUGGUGGUUCCAGGAAGCGGAAAAACUCCUGGAAAUACCAGAGCAAUUCGGCCUCAAAUUUGUCUGAUGAUGGAAGGUUACCUACCUGGUAGCUAGACAGUAUUGACUUAGUAGUUAUCAUGUAAUUACCAGAUAAUUUAAUGUUGUUACCAGGUAAUUACCUGUUAAUUACCUGGUAAUAAGUGUACCAUAAAAGAAAGGGUUACCAAAGUUUUUUCAAAGUGGAUCCUUGGCUAACAUCCACAGACAACAAUAGACAAUGCUCAGGUUAACAUUGUUCUAUAGUAGAGUGCUACCAUCUAUAAGUAAGAUAAAUUAUCUAGUAGUUUUGUAUUACACAAUUCCUUUGAGGUAUCUCUAUUUCUUGUACUCUACACUAAUGCAGCAGCCCUAAUCCAUCAGCCUUACACUUCUGUAUAAGCCAUUGUUUGGUGUCUGGCACAGAAGGAUUAGAAGACGAUAAGAAAAUGUACAGUACCUGCCUCAAUCUGAUGGUCUCACAGUGAUUCAACUUAAUAAUAUAAUCUGCGGUGGGCGAUUUAAAAAGAAGCACAGCCUGCCUGGUCUCAGGGCUUUCCUGAUUUAUAAAGGGUUAAUGUGGAGGCAUUGAUUUCCUGUUUCAUUUGACUGUGGGGGAAGUCUCUGGGGAAUCCACAGCCUUUGAGUUGCUGCGGUGUUUCGAAUAAAAAGAAAAGAUCUGUACACUGAAGCAUGAUGAAAGUUAUGUCAGGAGAGCAUCCCUACCAUCUCCGGAAGGGAAAAGCUGCUGAUAUGAUCAUGCACCUUAAAGCCUCUGAGCGGGGCUGCUAUCAUGGUGACAUUUUAGCAAGUUAAAUUAUCAGUAGAUAACAUCGGUUAACGGAAACAAUAGGAAUCAAAUUCAACAGCAGAAGCUGCAUUGCACUAUGUUAAAAUAGGAUAUGAUACAAUUGGAUUGUGAUUAAAGAAGAAAACAGGGAUACGGAGUAACAGGAUUGAAACUGCAGCACAUACCAAUCACAAUGACAAGUAACCUGCCAAGCAUAUAUCCAAAAAAAGACAACCGUGAAUCACAGCCCAACCUUUACACUGCAGUUUGAAAAUAUUUGCUUCAGUUCUGGCACAAAUGUGUUUUAUUUCAUUGACUUGGAAAGGGAGAACUACGUAAAGCCCCAACUUUGGCUAAAUCAAUCUAGGAACCCUUUUGUUGACUUUAAAUACCUGACCUAUUCAUCACAUACUGCCACUAUCCCAUAAUAUACUUUAUGAUUUGCUCAAAGCAAUUAUGAAAUAGCAGGGUUGUGUGUGGGCAUGGUGGCCCACCUCACAUAAUAAAAGCACAAAGAUUAACUUGUGCUGGGAGAGUUAAUUAGCUUUAUUUCCUGCAAAAAUAGCUUUAUAUUAUCUCCAACUGCUACAACAAAAUAGAACCUCUAAUUACCAUGUGCAUCAGAACAAUUAAAGGGAUCUAUAAGUUCUUCCUUUCGGAAAUUGCAGUGUAUUUUUAUUCCAGUCAUAGUAGCAGGUAGCAGUUGCAGGUACACCGCAACCUACAGUGUUAAAUGAUUUGUGUUCUUUGCACACACUUUAAGGAGUAGAUACUUAUAAAGAGAUUUCAAUUUAUACCACAACCCGAGAUUAUAAACUUCCAAAUGUGAAAGUGCUCUAAAACUACCAUUAACCCUCAAAGGGAUAUUCCGGCAUAAAAUUAAUUUAGAGUCAAACACACAGUAACACCGAGUUAGACACCCCGUCGAGAGAUGAAUGUUGCCGACCACUUGCUUCUCUAGUUAUACCAUCCUUAGUAAUGACUGCAUGAUAGUAAUACACAGCAGUCUGAGGAGCUAUAAACAAACCUCAACCAAAACACCACUCUAUAGCCACAAAUAAUGCUCAGUAAUGCUCAUAGGGCAGUGAAGUCUUUAGUACCAUAUGAGUAGCAUUAUAUUAAAUCUUAUCAAAUGGUAUUGUACCAUAUAGUAUCCAUAUGUUAUGGUUUGCAGAGCACCUUUAAGCGUAAUAUUGUUUCCCAUCAUAUAUCAUGUCUUGUCUUCACUCUAAAUAACACCAUAAGGAUGACUCUACUUGUUGCUUACACGAGUCCAAAAGGAUUCUGUAGGAAACCAGAUGGUUAAAAGAGUCUUCUAUCAAGUUGACGGCCCAUUUAUACACAGUCUUUACUCCAUUAUUAUUUCUGAAAUUUCUGAAUGCACUCCCCACUCCUCCCAGUUCAGACAGACAGAGCCAGGUACAGUAAAUGCAUGUCAAUGCAUACCUGAGUGUGAGAUAUCAUGUGAAUCCAUGUGUUGUUUAUUCACUUUAGGGUUCUUUCCACUGGAUGCCCAUCUGGUUUGGUGUUGUGGUGAUGUGAAUGAUCGGAUACAGGCGAUUGUAACAUGGUUCAAUGCAAGGCUUUGAUGGCUGGAAAAGGAUGGGGAGGGGGAGAUGAAGGAAGAGAGCGAAGGUCUUUGAGAACAACGAUGAAGGGAGACAGGGAGCGGGGUAGGUAAGCUAGAGGGAGAAAAAGAGAGAGGGAGAAAAACUGAAGGAGACAGACUAAAAAAAUCACUUAGGCAUGGAUGAAUGCGGCUGGUACAGAUGGCAGCUUGAGCGGAAAAGCCUUGAAAUUUGAAACAGCAGCUUGGAGCUCGUCUUCCUGAGAGGUGGAGACAAGACGCUGGUGGAGAGCAAAUUCUUUGUACUGUGGUAUUUCCUCAAGGAAACACCUGCUUUCAACAUCUUUCUGCUGAAUCUCGGGAUUCCUGUCUGCUUUCGGAGGCUGUAGUGGAAAAUAACCAUGUGUGACGGUUAAUAUUUAAUGGCUCCUGCACAACUUUCUUUUGCAUGGCUGUAUUCCAAAAACUACUUAACCCUGAAAAGACAUUCAAGACAGAUACUCUGUAACUGUAAAGAAACAAACAGUGAAGAAGAUGUACCCAAUCUCAAUUCCCAUACUUACAGAAAUCCUUAUUUCAGCUCUGUUCAACCUCUGCUGUAAAUGUUUUUUCUUCAGAGAUAUUAAAUUAGACAUAACGAAUGGGUGUUACUUUUUACACAGCUUCCUAGUCACAAAGCAACCCGAAAGUUAUGCCUUUUAAGAAAGCUACUUAUCAUAGCUAUUGGCUGCUAGCUAUUGCUACAUGAUCAGUAACUAGGUAUAGAGCGGAGAAGGAAGCCAAGUGAUGGAACUGACCUUCUACCCUCUGGGAGGGCUUGUUCUUGUAACAUCGUCUUCAGUGGAAGGCGGGGCCUGACAAGUCCAGGAAAAGCGCUGACAUUUGUAUAUCUCAUGUUUUGAAACUUUGCUGCAGUUUAGAACGGACACCUAACAUUGUAAUAAUAUUAUAUGUGUUUGUUAAAAUAUGAAUCAGCAAAGUAGGUGACUGAGGUCUCUCAUACAGACACUAAAUUACACAUUUUCUGAGAGCUUGCAUUUAUGCAGAAUUUUCUGUUGGACUUACCCCAAGCUCAUUGUGAACUUAGACAGAAAUAUCAUUCAGAUAGUUGCAGGAUGAUAUAAGUGAGUGAGAGUUAAACUUUUUAAAUGUCAUAAAGUAUAAUGGAUAAGAACCUGAGUUUUGAAGUUUAUGGUCUGGUCUAUUCAUUAUUUGUACUUAAAAAAGCCCUGGGUCCUACAAUUCAACAACAAUACAUUAUUCAUUUGCCACUGACCGCCGAGUGAACUUAGAUGUCUUCCACAGUCCACACACCCACAAGCUUUCUCUUGGAAUACAGAUGCAUGCUCCAAACCCCACCUGGGAUAACCUCAAUGACGUUACUCUUAAAGACUGAACACAUUUUCCUUGACUGGUGAUGGAUUUUUACAAAGUGAGUCAGUAGAGUAGCUUUAACAUCAGUUUGCUUGUGCUGUUGAGGUCAUCAGAGUGACACUAUUUACAAGUUAAACCAACUUAAACUUAAAUAAAUCAGACCCUCUAUUUCUGCAGAGAGAGAUAAACUCCAGCUCACAUCAGGAUUAUACUGUUUUAUGAAUAACACUAUCUGAAUCUGUUUAGUUCCCCAUUUUGGCGCUAAUGUCAUACUUCCAUUCACACCAUAUCUUGUGGGUGGAGAGCAUCAGUAAGCUGGUGUUUUGAUAUUUGAUUAAAUGGUGAAAGAAUUCCAGCUGUCACAAAAUUUUCAGUGAAAUCAAGCCAGAUGGGAAGUUUGGAAGGAGUGAUUGUAAAUCAGCCAAAACAAUGUGAGAAUGUCUUUGAUAAUUUCUUGUUAUUAUUUGUUAUGCAGUGACUACAAGGGAGCAAACUGAGGUUUAACACCACAGUUAUUUUUUUCAUUGAGUCAAUGAGCUUGUUUUGUUGUGUGGCCGAAUGAUAACAGGUGCAAUGCAAGAUUUUUUCAUUGCUUUUCCUGUUUUCCAGUUUUGCAGCCUUCUGGAGAGAAAGGUGUCACAUCUGUGGUUAUGUUUUGCCAGAUUCACCAUGAAGUGCACCAACAUUUUGGUUCUCAUUUGGAUUAAAAAUGGUCAUGCAAUUCCACCAGGGUCAAAAUGAAACACAGUCUUGCAUUUUAAAAAGUUGCAGAAAAAGUAGCGAGAAUUUGCCAACUCCCUUAUGAUCGUAGUUUUUCAGACUGCAUUGAAGUGCUCUUUUUGUGUGUUUGUGAUCAAAAUGUACUGUUGCAUUGCUUGGUUGCAUUGAGAGCCUAUUGGGGAAAAGACUGUAUUCUCUGGAGAGGCUUUUCUAGGACUCCGGCCCUUUAAGAAACCAUCUGCUGCUUUUAAAUGAAAGGAGAGGAGCUCACUUGAUUGACCAUUACUCAAGCCUCGCCUACUCCCCACUGAUUUAUUAUUCAUCUAUUUAACAGUGUAUUCUUGGCCCUCUAGCCUCUUUCCAGUUUGGGCUGCGCUGAAACUAAAGUGCUUCUCCUCUCACAAAAAAAUCAAAAUAAAUCUAGGAAAGAGAGUUCACCUUCACCUGCCCUGUCUUUAUACUCAGAUUUGUCCCCGGCUUUAUGGGAAUAGAUCCGCCAUGACUCAGUCUGCUGUUGCUAAUCUGUCAUUAAGGUGUUGUUCACCUCAGACAGGGUGACAAAUUAAACAUCAACACACACCAACACAGACGCACACGCCGGUGAAGACGACUUGACGACCAGAGCAAUAAUCGAUAAGGCACGGUGUUGUGACAUCACCAGUUGCUAGGGUAACUGGGUCCCCAGAGAAGAUGGUGAUAUGCCGUAUGUGUAGCAGGAAUAGAGUAUUGUGUGUGUGUGUGUGCCUUUAUAUGUGUCUGUGUGGUCAUAAAGUCUGACAAUGACGUGACACGGACAUCACAUUAAGGGACGCCGCCUUGUAAAUUAACGUCUGGCACUAUUUAUUGCAUCUAUUUCCUCUCAAUAAGUCAUCAAAAGAACAAGGCCGCCGCACAUGCACGUUACAGAUGUGUUUAAGGUGUUAUUUAGUGGCACUAAAUACAAAAUUUACCCAACAGGGCUGUGAACAGGGGAAACACUCAGAGUGAAUAAUGAUUUUUGUAAAAAGGAGAUACCCUGCUCCACGAAAAAAAAAAGGAGAAGAAAAAAGAGAGGUGCUCAGUAUGCAGCAUUUUAACCAUCUGUCUUCACUGAGCUGGGAAAUUCCCUUUGUGCAAUUAUUUUUCAUAGUGUGAAGCUCACCUGUUAGCAGCCCCGCUGGGUGACUGCAGCAUCAGAGGAUAAGAACAUUUAUUAACAAUUUCAGCAUGAAGCACACAGGGUACAAACAAAUUGUGUAUGUUUAUGCUUCCUAUUUUGUACUGUUAAUCUCUCUGUUUUGUUCUAAACAAGGUAUAUAUUCAAGGUAUAUAUCCAUAUGAACAAAAGUGAAGACUAAAUACCACUAAAGUGAUAAAAUACUGUGCCAGAGAAGUCAUUAAGACCCUGAACUUGUGCACAAAGGAUCAUCCAGCUGUAGUUUUGUCAUCCACUUCUCCUGCUAAACAUUAAAAACAUUCAACUUAGCAAUAAAAUGGCAAAAAUCUCAGUGUAAAAGCUUCUUGGGAAAGGUGUACCAGCACAGCCUAAACCAGCUGCGCUCAAACUUUUUCAGCCAUUCACCUUUUUUGGAAGGUGAAAGUUUUCUGGACAUCCCCACCAAACAAAACGACUAUGUCUAACUUGUCGGCAUGCCAACAAAUUUGAGAAUUUCAUUUGUGCUGUCCAGUUUGCUGUGACAUUUACGACUGGCACUGCAGCAUUGUGAUUUACCAUUGUAGCAUUGGGAUUACAAUCACAGUGCCACAAAAGCAACAGCCAUUUCAACUUCAAUAAACUACUUUUGUGACAUUUGACACUAAAUUGCUACGUUAGUCUAUGUGCCGUUUCAAAAUGGUGUAGUUUCAUAAGUUUUCAGACCAAAUAUACACCAGUCUCUCUCAUCCUCCAUCAUCCUUCAUAUUUCCUUGAUCUGUCUUGUUGGUCUCCUCUUUUCCAUUUCUGUCAGCUCCAUGUUAAAAUAAACUUCAGCACUAGUUUGCUUGUCUGAACUGUUUAUCAGUCUGUUGUAAAAAUGGUUCAGAUGUCAAGGCAAGAGUUCUGCUCUAUAUGUCCCCUCCAGCCACUCAGGCCUCCCCUGUUGUGUCUCUGCAUCCUCCAGAGGAGGCUCAGUUCACACUUUGUAAACCACUGGCAUUAAAUAACUCAGUUAUAUCUCUUAAAUCAGACUUCCUUUUCAUUUGAACUCAGCAACCUUAGCAUGAAGCGUCUCCAAAUGUCUUGGGUGCAACAAAAUUAUAAACUAGCAUAAGAUCUAGACCCCCCUCAAAGAGCAAAGAUCUUUUUUGGAGUCUGAAAAUUAUUCACGGUAUACAAGAAUUUGCAUCAACAACAACAACAAAGUGACCCAGACCAACAGUUCUAAAGAAAUGUCUCCAUCUAAUCCUGUAAACACGAGGCCUCUACUCCACCAGUAACAAACAUAACUCUGAGUAACCUGCUCAGAUGAUCAAUGAGAAGAGACGCUGCACACCUCCAACGAUAGUUCAGAAUAGAUGAUGUUUUUCUAAUGAGUUUCUCCAUUAGCCAGCAUGCUCACUCUACGAGUUCCCCCGUGGCCUCCUUCACUGGCAGCUCGCUGAUUGAAGUGGGAUCACAACAUCUCGAGCUGUGUGUAAGUGUGUAGUGCCCGUGUGAGUUUGUUGGAGUGAGUGAUUUACAUAGAAGAUUUCCCCCUGUGUGGCUGGAGGGAGUGUUGUCAGGCAGAAAAAGACUAGUUUGAAUUUGUAACAACUACUGUAGGAAUGCAAAUGUCAUAAUAACGGGCUGAAUAGGAGGUGAAUGUCAGUGGACAGACUUCAGGAGAAUCAGAAUUGUUAUGCUGAAGAGCUCAACGCUGAUCAAAUGUCUCUGUUUGUGUAGGUCAGUGUCGGUGUGGACAGUGUACCUGCCACCCACCAGGGGACGACCGGGUUCAUGGUAAAAACUGUGAGUGUGACAACCGUCAGUGUGAGGACAUCAGUGGAGAGGUCUGUGGAGGUGAGAUCACACACAUACACAACUAUACACAAACUAAUUGACAAGGCAAGAAACUUCUGCAACAUUACUAUGAAGAUCUGUGUUCCUCAACACAACCUGAUUUUCUACAGAGACACGAGUCGUCAACCGAUUCAUUUUUCAGUGGCUGAUGCUGGCACCAAUGCUCAGUUACUGGCAAUUUCCCGAUAGACAUUUUGGCCAAUGAUACAUUUCAAGGGAUAUUCCGGCGUAAAAUCAAUUAAGGGUCAAACACACCAUAACACCAAGUUAGACACCCUCUCGAGAGAUGAAUGUUGCCGACCACUUGCUUCUCCAACUUUAGUAACAACCGCACAAUAGCAAUACACAGCGGUCUGAGGAGCCAUAACCAAACCUCAACCAAAACGCCACUCUAUAGCCACAAAUAAUGCUCAGAACAGCACCUAACUUCAUCAACAGUAAAGGUACCCAGCCACAGCACUAGCCACCAAACAUCUUUUUAGCUUUGCCUGAUUUCUUUAGCAAAGAGACUAAUUACAACUCACCUACUCUCUUCCAGCAGCCGCUUGGUUGUUCUGAGACCUCGGGCAAGUCCAUCACCGACUGCAGCGGGGUAACGCAGCUCAAGGAAGAACAUUUAUGAUAAUUACUUUAUCAUUUCUUUUAAGUAAUAAUCAUUUUGCGCUGCAUGAAGAAAUGAUCAUAAAUGUUCUUCCUUGAGCUGCGUCACCCCGCUGCAGUCCGUUAUGGACUGGUCGAGGUCUCACUACAAACAAGCAGCUGCUGGAAGAGAGUAGGUAAGAUAUGCUUAGUCUGUUUGCUUAAGAAAUUAGGCAAAGUUAAGAAGAUAUUUGGUGGCUAGUGCUGUGGCUAAGAUCCUACAUGUACUGUUGAUGAAGUUAGGUGCUGUUCUGAGCAUUAUUUGUGGCUAUAGAGUGGUGUUUUGGUUGAGGUCUGUUUAUUGUUCGUCAGAGCGUUGUGUAUUGCUAUCAUGCAUUCGUUACUAGAGUUGGUAUAACUAGAGAAGCAAGCAGUCAGCAAAAUUCAACUCUUGACAGGGUUUCUAACUCGGUGUUACGGUGUGUUUGACCCUAAAUUAAUUUUAUGCCUGAAUAUCCCUUAAACUGUCUGACAGCAGCACAUGAAACUUCACUGCUGAAGUAGAAACAUAAGGUGCUCAUCCUCAGCCGUACUGUAGCACAUUACACCCUCAUCAAUAUCUCCUAAUUACUGCACAGAAAUCUACAUGCAUCUACAUGCAUUUAGCAGCACAUGUGCACACAUCCACUCUCCCACUUUGAGAUGAUGCCAGGAGCAGACGCUGAAUCUGAAGAUCAAUACAGUGUGAUCCUAUCUGCUCUCUUUGAUAUCCAAAGGCACAGCCCUCUAAACCCUUCAGCUGAAUCCGAGAAAUUGCUCCAAGCCUUUGAAGCUUCUGUUUGAGGUCUUGGGGAGUUCGUGCCCUUGAUUUGAGCCAUUUAGGCACAACCAGAGUAAUGGAUAGAUUGCACAGAGACAUUAGAGGCUGAAUUGAAAUUGAUAUUUCAGUUUGCAGCUGCUGCUGCUGUCUGAUAGAGGAUGAGAGAUGGAAAAUGAGGCAAACAUAAUUCUCAUUGUAAAGGCGAUUGUAGCUAAAAGGCCACAUUCCUGUUCUACAUUUCUAAGCUUCUUUGUUGCGGUAAUGUUUAUGGCUCCCUCUAUGUAAUUUGAGCAGUUAUGACAUCCAUUUUUGUAUGUUCUAGAAACACACACAGCCCUGAAAUUUGCUGCUUUCUUUUGUCUCAUUUUCAAUGCAAGAAAAGUUAUAAGACUAACAAAUACACACCUUUCCAUAACACACAACUCCCACAUAUUCAGAAAAACAACAUCUGUCUAUUUUCUUUGACCCAGCCUCUAUACAGACAUUGCUGUCAUUCAUAUCUUUUAUCGUUAUUUGGUCGCCUGUGCCAUUCUGUAUCAGUGGUGCACUGCAGCAUCUGAGGGUACAUUUCUCCUGUAAGGAGGGAUGCAGUAUUUAUGUGAAUGGAUUAGUGGGGCUCAUUGUGCGCUUGGCUGUCAAGAGACAAUUCUUCAUGAGAGCGUCCAGGGAGAGCCUGUCUGCACACAGUUACACACACACAAACACACACACAUGCUGUCAGGCUGAUAAUUAAGUCUGUGUACUCAGAGUGAAAAGUUAGGAUGGACGAAACUUGGCUUGAUGGUGAGGAGGUCUAGGAAACUUCCUGUGUGAGGGUGGGGGCUGUAAGUGCUUCUGGAUGUUUGGGCCCCAGUGCAAUUAACAAAUAAGAGAAACGUAUUCCUUCACAAAAUGUGAGUUAUAAGAAAAGUAAAAAAGUAGGAGUGUGCAGAGGUGUGUUCCUUUCUCUCUACCUAUAUUAGAAAUGAAAGCUGGAAGCUGAUACGGCUUUUACUGGCAGAUAGCAGCUAAACAUACUCAUUCAAAAAAAGCCCACCCUUACAGCUAGGUCUGGGCGAUAAAAUGAUAACGAUAUAUACUGAAAAUUAAUUUCCCCUGAUAUCAUAUAAAACAUGGUCAAUAUGCUUUUCGAUAGUCGGCAUUCUGCCAUGUUAUGGUAGACUAUACGAAUAGCCAAUGAAGAGGGGAGUUGCUCCGGGUCUGCUUCGCGCUGAACCAAUCAUGUGCUGAAUUAGAACCAAAAAGCAAACAACUGUUUAGUAGCAGACUGCAGCUACACACAACCAUAGCACUUUAAUAUCCGAAGCUGGCAGCACUGUCAGUGAGAAAAAAAAGAAAAUGAGCACUAUCCCUGGCAGAAAUGCAGAUAAAGGCUCAAAAGAUGAUCAAAUCGUCAACAACACUGGCAUGAAAACGUUGGUGGCUUCAUAUUUGCUUGAUAUGAAGCAGAGUAAUGUGCACUGCAAAUUAUGUCGAGUACAUGUUCUGGCAAAGUCAUGGAAUACCUCAAAUCUUUUUCACCACCUGAAGCAGAUGCAGUGGACCUCACAGAUGCAGUAGCUUAUUGUACUGCAAAAGACGUGCUACCAAUAAACACUGUUAAAUUUCAAUUUUUAUAUCAUGAUUUAAUAUCAACUGAAAUGAUAAAAACAUAUCAUGAUAAACUUUUUCCGAUAUCACCCAGCCCUACUUACAGCAUAACAAAUGUAAACAUGUUAAGAGCCGGAGCCAUGGGAAAAGGCUUAAAGUUUGGGGUGCUGUAGCUUGAGGUGCUUUUUUAAAUCUGUUUGCAUUUGAUAGGCUGUCAUGUACAUACUUUUUUUUUUUAAUUUAUGGAGCUUUUGAUUAAACAUGUUAAUUUUUACUUCACAGAUGUACAUAAUGUGAUGUGUUUGAAACGCCUGGUUUGCAACCACCAGACCCAUCAGUGUAUAACCAUCAGUACACGCAAGAGCUGACAAGGCAAAUGUGAUUAAAGAGGUCCAACAAACUGAAGAGCACAGUGAACUGAAUUUAUCCAAAUAUGCCCAAUUUCUCAGUUUACACACACACAAACACACACAGACUAAAAAAGUAUACCAGUUCAGCACAGCAGACAAGAUGACUAUUAACCAACACAUUGCUGAAUAGGUCUGUGUUUGUAGCAUAUGUCCACAUUCUCAAUAUUUCAACUGCAAUAACUUUUGAGUACAGCACACAACAAUAAAGCCUAUUACAGUUUUGUGUAGAUAUAAAGUAAAUAUGAAUGCAUAUCUUCUUUUUCCACGGCCAUGUUUACAGCUGUGAAGUAGGCGUCAUCACUGACUGCGUGCAGUGCACCGACACACACGCACGCACGCACGCACGCACACACACACACACACACACACACACACACACACACACACACACACACACAUAUAAACGCCAAACAUUUCCCUCCCCGACAGUGUCGCUAUUUACCUUCUAAACAGCUCCUGUUCUCCUUCCUUGUUCUCCACACUUGGGCUCUAUAGGCUAAUUUAAACAUACAUUCACACAGACAUCCACCCCUCCACUUACCCGCCAGGAGUCCAUUCACACCAUCAUGCCGGCUUCUGCCUUCAAACGAGGAAACAAAACUCAUUUCCGGGUGUAAUGUAGUUGGUUAUGGCGGUAAAAAAGUCACAUGAUGCCGGAAAAAAUAAUCCCUUGUUGUUUUCCAUGAAUCUGAAAAAUUCCUGCUUAAAACUUAGUUAGGUAAAAAUGUAUAGAAAAAGUCUGAAUGUUUAUAGAGGGUUAAAAUGUCUUUUCCAAACUUAUGUAAUUAAUGACGCCCGCUGGAAGGGGCUGGGGGUGAGAAGGCUGUCUGGGCCUCUCUCAGAGUAGUGAUGGGAAGUACGGCUCUUUUUAGUGAGCCAGAUUUUUCAGCUCAGUUCGCCAAGAAGAGCUGGCUCUUUAGACCCCUAAACGGCUUUUCAUUUUACUAUUUAUACAUUUUCUAAUUCAGCCAAAUUUAGCGUUGUUUGGCUCAUUUGUACAUGUGUACAUUCUUAUAUAAUUCAAUACAUCUUUUAUACCAAAGAAUUAUACCAUCCUGAGUAGAGUUAGUCCUUUUGAGAGAAGAGAUCUUUUUUCCAAGAGAAUGACUGCAACAUCAAGUUCUGACAAAAAAAAAAAAUUCACUCAAACAUUAGAACUAAAAAGUUGUUAAAAGUCAGGUAAAACAAGUGCAUGGUGGGGGCCAGGCUUCCAGACUUUUACCAAGGGAUUUAAGUAUGUUUAGGAUGACUAAGUUUUGCAGUUUUAAAUCAGUCUGUGGGAUUGGUCCUGGCAAAAGGUUCAGAAACCAAAAAGCUUUCUCUUCAACUAAUUUUCCAACUUUGGAAACAACAAAUUGCACAAUUACUAGCAAACAGGGUUUUGAACUCCAUCCUUUACGGUUAAAGAAAUGUAAAAAAAAAAAAAAAGUUUGAUAAUGACAGACCUAGACUGAGACAGAUUUGCUUCUUUUGAAAAACUGAUGUACUUUAUUGUGAUUUUCUUUUAUAAAUCACAAUAAGAAAUGAUAAAGUAUAAAAUUUUGCCAUUCUGUCAUGACUUUUUCAUGUUAUUUUCACAUUUAAAAAUUCAGCUUGACUCAUCGAUUUUGUUCCUGCUGCUUUAUGUUUACCCUUUUGUGCUUUUUAAGUAAACACACUGAAAUCACUGAAUAGUUUGAUCUACGUUGGGGAGAACCAACCAUUUUUCUUUCUUUCAAAAGAAGAACAUUGUACUUUGAAUGCAUAUAAAGAUAUAAGACUGGAUAUAAUAUUUGCACUGCAGCAACAUUGUGUGUAUAGAUGUAAGUCUAUCCUCCCACCUUCCAAACUGGGUUUCCCUCUCGUAUGACUCACUCUGCUUCAUCCUCUCUUUGUGUCAGUGAACUCUUCAUCUCUGAAAGUCUCUCUCUGCAUACACUUCAUGUCUUUACCUGGUUAGAUACCAGAUUCGCCACCACAACCCCUCAACAGACCCUCUCUAACUGCAACCGCACAAUACAUGCUCUGUGAAAGACAGGUGCAGACUAAUUGAAUGAGGGCGAGGUUGCUGUUCCUCCAAAGCAAUUAACCGCUCUUGCAAGCUAGCUGAUUGAGGCAGCCAUGCAUGGCUCGCCAUAGCUGCCACUCCACCUCAACCUGAGACAGACGCUAGAUAACUUUCAUUUAUGAACUGUCAUAAACACAACACACUCACACAUCCUGGACACCCCCCCCCCCCCCACACACACACACCUUUGCUUCACCUUUGUUUGAUUAAAAACAGCAAAUAUGAAAAAAGCAAGGUUCAUGAAUUAUUGAUGAAUUUUAAUCAAUCUAAUGCUAUGAGGUGGCUGGUGUUGAGCUUAUUCCAUGCAGAGUAAAAAUCAAACUUAUUGAUUUAAAAAAAAUUUAAAAAAACCCUCAACAUAUCUGAAAAUAUGCUUCUUUGUUUUCCUGCAAAGCUCUUGUGUUGUAACAGUGUAAAGCAGCCAAAUCUAGAUGGAUAUCUUAGUUCUGUGCAAAGCAACAAACAUCUUUGCCAUGUUGAGAACAAGUCGAACAUCAAGUCAGCAAGUGAAGCUGAGAGUCUUUUCUUCUUUUCCAUUUUUUUCCACCUGAGCAGGUGUUCAUUUAUAUUUAUAUAGAAAUUCAUUUUUCCCAGUUCGUUCAACGUCACAUGUAUGCAGCAUCCGCAAACAGCCAACAGUGAGAUUGAAAAGUAAGUCAAAAUCUCAACCAGAUAUUACUUGCACUAUGGACAAAGUGAGUACAUAAAAUGUAGAGAUAAAGAUCCACUGAGGGCCUUUGUAGAGAUCUUGUUUUCACUGACAUAGUUGUUGCACUUAAAGGGAUAUUCUGGUGUAAAAUUAAGUUAGGGUCAAACACACCGUAACAGCGAGUUAGACACCCCGUUGAGAGAGAGAGACAGUCCAAUACAGACUACAGCGGGUUGACGCAGCUCAAGGAAGAACAUUUAUGAUAAUUUCUUCAUGGAAAUGCAAUCAGACCAAGAUCGUAAGGCAGAAGAACUACCGCGUCUGCAGUGCAAAAUGAUUAAUAUGGUGAUUUUUACUUAAAGGAAAUGAUAAAGUAAUUAUCAUAAAUGUUCUUCCUUGAGUUGCGUUAACCCGCUGUAGUCCGUUGUGGACCGUUAUGGUCUCGCUACAAAAAAGCGACUGCUGGAAGAGAGUAGGUGAGUUAUGUUUGGUUUCUUUGCUAAAAAAAAAAAAAAAAAAAAUAGACAAAGUUAAGAAGAUGUUUGAUGGCUAGUGCUAUGGCUGGGACCCUUUAUGUACUGUUGAUGAAGUUAGGUGCUGUUCUGAACAUUAUUUGUGGCUAUAGAGUGGUGUUUUGGUUGAGGUUUGUUGAUGGCUUCUCAGACCGUUGUGUAUUGCUGUCUGCAGUCAGUACUAAAGUUGGUAUAACUAGAGAAGCAAGUGGUCGGCAACAUUCAUCUCUCGACAGGGUGUCUAACUCGGUGUUAUGGUGUGUUUGACCCUAAAUGAAUUUUACGCCAGAAUAUCCCUUUAAUGUUGGUGGGUUUUUCUGUUUGUAAUUUCUAUGAACAAGUUCCUUGAUAAACUUCAAAUCUAUGAAGCGAGUCAAUGGACAACUUCAUCUGUUUAUUGACGCUCACACCUGUGCCUGAGAUCUAAAGAGGCGUGAGAUCAGGGCUGAAAUAUCAGAACUGAAUCAAACAGCUGUUUGAUUGAAUCAAUAUAGCCCUGCUUCAAACAAUAGCCAGUGGCACAGUAUGGAUUCACAGCCAUGUGAGUAUGAUGGAAAAACACUCAGCUCAUUACCACCUCUUCAACCUGGCAUCUGUUAGCACAUGUGAACAUAAAGGAAACAAUCAACGGAGUAACUGCUUCUACAUGAUGUGAUUUGUGUUGAAGUGAGCACACUGCGAGUGACACGAGGGUCCGACUGGAGAUGAAGGGGACAUAAGCGAAUGAGUGCGUGUGUGUGUGUGUGUGUGUGUGUGUGUGUCUGUGUGUGUGUGUGUGUCUGUGUGUGUGUGUGUGUCUGUGUGUGUUAGUUUGUUAAAACCACAGAGAUGCUGUCUUGUAUUCAAGCAUCCAACUCCCAUUUCCUACCAAUUAAACAUCUCUGGUUCCUUUCCUGAGUGUUUGCGUGUCUGGUGUGUGUGCGUGUGUGGUGUGUUUUCCUCCACCGUUGCUUUCUGAUGUUUUUCAUCUCUCUCUCUGAAGCACUGAAGAUUUAUUAAGGACAGGACAAGACCAGUGAUGACAGUUUCUUUCAUGUCCCUGGGGGGAAAUACAAUAAGCCUGCUGCGUCUCUGUCGUCUUCCUGUGGCUCUGCCUGCUUGUUCUGCCUAUUACUGUCAAGGUUCAAUGUCUGCUCUGUCAACUUUCUCUGCUUAUAUGCUUUAUUGCUUUCCUUAUCCUCUAAUGUGGCAUUUCUCUUGACUUUCACUCUGCCUGUGAUUUAUUUUUUUCUUUAUUUCUGUCUUUUUUUUACCUUCAUGGCCAUGCUUCACAUCCGCUCUCAUUUUUAAGUAAAGGCCCCUCUGCCCUCUACCACCAGGUCACGGUUUCUGUUCAUGCGGACGCUGCAUCUGCCAGGAGGGAUGGUUCGGGAAGCUCUGCCAGUUCCCCAGGUCAUGUGACAUGAGCGAGGAGCAAAGCAAGGAGCUCUGCGAGACAGCGGAUGGAGUGGUGUGCAGCGGAAAAGGUGACAAGCGUGUUUUGAUUCUGCUCAGUGAAAGUUUCCAUUGAGGUCACUUUUUGGAAGUGGUAGAGAACUUUUUUACAGCCUUUCAUGACACUGAAAAAAUAUUACAAUAUCAUAUGGUCAAAAAAAUGAGGAAAAAAAAUGAAAUUCAAAACAAUCCUUAAAGGGAUAGUACAGGUUUUUUAAGUGUGGGUUGUAUGAGGUACCUUUAACAGGAAGUAAACAGACUUCUGUAUAGAAACAAUUAGCAGAGCGUCUCUAAAAUACAACAAUUUAUUGGCUGAAAUAGCUGAACUUAAAUGUGGACUAAAAAAAGUAUAAUUAAUAAGUAUCGCUUCAAGGAACUUUGAGAUCACUGUAGAGCAAUCUGAAAUCAUAAUAAGAGGUAAAUCUUUGGGGGAAAAAUGUUUAAAAAAGAAAGUCAUGUUUGGAUUUGAUUUGUUGUCGGUGGAGACCGGAAAUAUAGGUUUUCCUUCAGUAAAUGUAACAGGGAUAACAGCAGUGUGAGGGCUGAUUUUAAUAAUUUUCCUGUUGCGUCAAUAUGCCAUUAAUGGGUCUGAAUUAAUUGAUCAAUCAUCAAAAAUGAUGAAAUGAGGCUCAACGAGUAAAAUCCAGUGUAGACUCUGCCCUCUGCUGGUCAAAAAAAAAUAUCAAUUUAUUUUUCAUUUCACUCAUCAGUUAUCCCUAAUGCAUUCCUAUUAUUAACACUAAUCAGGUACUGUUAUACCACAAUUUCACUUUUUUCUUUUGGCAACACAGUGGUUCUUUUGCGUGUAGUGCAGGAAUCUUACUGUGUUUUAGUAGUUUUGGUCAGAAAGGCCAAAAUACAACCUCUACUGAGAAACACCUGAACAUUAGACACAGGCUGCACACAAUUUAUCUCCAUUUUCUAGAUCAAAACACUGACAAGCACUACGAUCUGCCAUCAUUGGUGUGAAUUUUUGUCACUUUCAUUACCAUAUGCACACAGCUCUGUUUUGUUUCCAGGGUGGCAGAUGAUCUUUCAAACUCUCUAAAACCCCUAUUUUACUAAAUGUAGGAUGUAGCUGAUACUUUACAUUUAUAUAAGCACUUCACUGCUCAUUUUCAACUCAAGAAACAUCUUAACCAGAACCACCAAAUCCACAGUCGGCUAAAAAGGAUUUUCUCUUUGAAAGAGAGGCUUUACAACAGAUUUCAAAAGAUGAAAAUCAAAUCUCAGUAGUGUUGCUUUACUUCAGGCUGAGAUCUUGUUCUUUGUUAACUUGGUAAAAAUGCACUCUUGGCUGCUUUGCUGUUGAGUCUUUUCAUAGUUUGCAGACGGGGAUUUGAUGCACAUGAGCCACUUUGUAGCAUAUAAUAUGCACCAUGUUCCUACCAUUGAAAUAUUAGAGCACAUGUUAUAUUUCAAUGAUCUGAUUACCUCACAGUGAGUAAACAGAUUACUUGAUUAACAGAUUAUCUGAUUGAUGAGGAGCUAAUCCAGACAAAUGGUCCAAGCUUCUUACAUUUGUUGAUUUCCUGCCACAUUGUUUUAUCUUCAUCUUAAUCUCUUGUUCUAUGGUUUGUUAAGGUUUGGUUAAUAAGAUAAACCCUCUGAAGCCUUAUCAUUAGGGUAUUUCUUAAAUUUCAUCAGUAAAAGAUAGAUCCGUUUCUCUACAAAGCAAAAAUAUCAUUAGCUAUAGCCUUAUUUGACUUGCAGUAUAUGAUGUUGUAUAUGUUUAUAAUGAUGCUUGACACAUUGUCUCUACAUUAUAUGUAUCAUUGGACAGCAAAUGACUCUGUGGGAAAGGAUUUCUUCUCUGUUUGUGGCAUUAAAUCCACAGAAAUAAAUCGCUUGCAGUGGGUUCAGCCCCGCAGAGCCGAAUUGGCUGUGAAAGAAAAAGAUGAGCGUGCUCAUUUUCCACGCUCUGCAACAUCCAAACACCAGAACAAUGUCCCUCUCAGCUUCUUCCCCAUUGUCUCACCUCUCUCACAACUGUUUCACUUUCUCUCCCCUCGUCAUGUUGAGUUCCUCUAACUUGUGGAUGUUGAUAGAAAUUGCAGCGCAGUUGCCGAACCUGUGUGAGCUUUGAGGAGAAAAAAAAACGAAGCGGACACCAGAAGAUUUGUUUCCCUCUACCAUUCCUUGAUAUGUUAUUAUCCUGCUGCUGCCCUUUAUACUGACAAACGGAUACAAGUGGGGAUGAGAGGGAGAUUUAAGUGUGGGUGGAUUGGUUUCCUGGUGGCAGAAGUAUAUUAGAAGCUGUUUCCCUGAGGAGUAUCUCAUAUCCUCUGUGCCUGACACCAUAAAUCCUCUGAAGAAUUUACAGGAAAUAAUACAAACAGCAUUUAUCAAAAAAACACAAUCACUGAGGGGAUGGUGUUAGAAGACAUAUAAAAUAUACACUGAGAAAGUGUUACCAGCUUAGGUGAGGAAGUAGGAUGUUAUUUCACAAUUGUGUGUAUGUUUUAAACGUGUUUCUGUGUGUGUUUGUUGCAGGUUCUUGUCACUGUGGCCAAUGCAUUUGCUCCCCCCAAGAGUGGUGGGUGUCCGGCGAGUACUGCGAGUGUGACGACCGAGAGUGCGACAAACAUGACGGCCUUAUCUGCACAGGUAGGACACUGACACACACAAACGAAAGACGGUUUCAUAAUGGAAAAAAAAAUAUGGAAGAGGUCCAAAACAUAACACUGAGAUUUUAUGUACUAAAAGGACUGAUGCUUAGACAGCUUGGAUUUACCAUGGUGACGAAUAAAUACGAUAAAACACGGUAUUAUAGUUUGACUCCACACAACCCAACUAUGGGGUACUGUGUUCCAACACAGCUCCAUACCGGGUCUUUGGAUGAUCUGAACGAGGUGAACCUGUGAAUAUCAAAAUGUUCCCACAGAUAAAUGUAUCCGUAGAUUUUGUUCCCAUCCCCCUGAUGUGAACAGCUUUGAGUGUGAGUCAGAGAAUAGAAGAAAUAAUUGAGAUAAAACACACACACACACACACACACUUUUCUCACUCUAGCUGUUCAUCCACAGGAGCCGUCUUCUCCCCACAGAUAAUGGAAAUCUCAGUACAUGUUUAUAAUUAUUUUUGCCCCGGGGCCUGUCAAAAUCUGGACAGCUGUUCAGAAGUGGUUCUCAUCAUGACUCCAUGACUCCAAAUGUCAGCCUUAAUGUCAUGUAAUGAGCUUCAGCCGCUCCAGAUGCAGAAAAAAGCACCGCUUAAAAAUGCGGAGGACCGGGUGGAAAGACAGAAAAUGUGUGAAGAUAUCUGCUGAAUAUUUGAUGUCGCCAUAUUACCAACUGGAGAAUACAUCUCAGAAUAACCUUAUAUAAUGGAAGUAGAAAAAUCGAAUGGUGUGUUUGCCAUUUAAAGACUUUCUGAAUGUUAAAUCAGUCAAAGGAAGCGGCGAUGAAGACUUUCUUUCCAUAUUAAUGGUUUGAACAUGUAUUUUUCAAGUUACCCAAUGAGUUGCUCUGCAUCUGGUGGUUUCAAAGAGCCUCCAAAGCUGCAGAUUCUCUCUACAUAUGCAUCUGUUGACUGAUGUGGAAAAUUCUGCAUGUUAGGAAUGCCUGCUGGUUGAUUUCAUGCUCUGGAUCUGACAAUAUGAUGUGAGUGACGGCUUCAGCAGAGAGAAAAUGGUUGAACACACAGGUUCACUGUAAGAAACACGAAGUACAGUAUUCUCUAAUCAUGCAAAACUUAAUUUUUCAUUUAUUUCCUUAAGAUGGACAGGAAUCAAAUGGGAUCUGGAUGAUGUUUACUCUGUGUUUGCUUUGCAUUCAACCAUAAAGACACACAAAAUACAGAUACGACAUCACCGCUUGGACAAACCACACACGUGAACACAGUUUAUUGAUCGGAUUGAAAAAAAACAAAUAGAAAGUAACAAGAGCAUUUAUAGAAAUGAAGUGGAGUCAAAGGUCUGAUAGAAAUAGAAAUGAGAAUUGAUCAAUUAUCCUCCUGAUGGUCUUGUUGGCUUUAUAAGCAUUCAUAUCAGACUGAAAUCCUCAGCUCCUCCUCUCCCCUCCCUCUCUGCUCCAGCAAGCCACGCCCACAAACAGACGCUCGUUCUUGCUCGUAUCGUAUGAAUUAAAUUUAAGCAUUCAUAUCAGACUGCUUUAUUACCAGCUAAAAACUCCUCAUGUAAGCUUUAGGCAUGACUCUUCAGCAUCACCAAAACCCAGUGAUUAUUAUCAGAUGGCACUUUGUUGCAAACCUGGUGGUUUGGUGUAGGGUAUAUGAAGAGUAUACAGUGUAUAUCCACUUCUAAACCCCUGCGUAUGUUGCAUUUUCUCUGCAUUUUUAUGAUUUUACCUCACAGCAUCUGCAAUUUCUGUUAUCUGGUGCUCAUGUUGCAAAGUACAGAGAGGAGGAAGGAUGGUAUUUUGUUUCAAUAAACAGCCUCCCAGCUAGAAGCUGAGCUGGGGAUGGUAGUCGAGCAGAUCUGUGCUCAUUGUAGACAGAACUGUCUUUCAGACUGUGGUUCACUUUUAAGUGAAUUAAAUAUACAAGAGAAGAGAAGGAAUUACCAGGAUACAAGUGGUCAAGAAAAUGAAGGAAAAGUGGGGUGCGGUAAUUUCCCUCUUCAAGUGGAAAAGAGCCAUAAAGUAAAACACAAGUUUGAUUCUCAAGUAAAGAACAAGGACCUCAUAAGUGUACUUUAACACAGCACUUGAGCAAAUGUGUUUUACUUGACAGAUCUGGCUGUAAACUCUUCCAUAGAUUAAAGUAGUCCUUAGAAAAAGCUCUGUUAGCCCCCGGUAGUUGAGUGAAGGAGGAAAGUUUUGAGUGACAGACUGCAGCAUUGUUAGUUUAGGUCUUUUCAGGGGAUUUAUUGUCAAUAAGCUGGAAAUAAAAUGAAAGGCCAGCUUUAUCCUUUAAUCAGAGGAGGGUCUGUGUCGUCUGCAACCUGGAUUCAGAAGAUCAACAAACAGCUCAAUCUUUUCCGUCAGCAACCCUCUCUCUAUUUCCCACUUUACUUUCAUUACUCUUUUCUAAUGUACUUAUCAAUCUGUCCUCCCUUCUGCUUCUCUUUCAGCCUACUUCUGUAGUUUUCUCCUCUGCAUCACACUCCUCCCUUUCCUCUCCACAGUAAAUUUGCAGUAGACAUGUCUUUUCAGCUGUGUGACAGGAGGCCAGCAGGAGGAGUCCUCCUAACCUCGGCACCCUCCAUCUGACAGCUCGGGGAGCUCAGGGAGAGCUUGGGGCUGCUGGAUUAUAACAGAGAAUAAGAUGCUUCCCCACUCUGGGUAUUUCCUCACACCUAAACAAUAUUGUUUGUGAGUGCAGCCUGAAAGAACAAAUAUGUAUCUCCUGACCUGAAACUCAUACCGGAACAAUAUAUAUAAAUGUAUAUCUUUUUCUAUUCAACAUUAACUACUCUGGGAUUGUUGAUCCACUUCUAUGGAGAAGAAAAUCUGAUACUGCGCCAAAACCCGAAAUAACAGCUGAUUUAAAGCUCCAGUGAGGAGCUUGUGUUUGGUUUGGGCCAAUUUCAGCGCCCCUGUAGACACUGCAGUCUUUUCUUAUCUCAUCACCAAGUAGUGUUCCUUGACCAAAAGUCUCAUCCAGCUGAUUUUUGACAGUCUACUGUAUCAUUACUGUGAAUAUUUCAUGUGGAAAUUCCAAAAACAGGGCUGUCUCAUCAGCUGCAAGGCUGACUCUGCUCCCAGGGCUCCAGCAGACCCUGGAAACCUCACUAAGAGACUGAAGUGUCGCAGUGCAAACAGAAAUCACACAGGGUUGAGGGAAGAAGAAGAGAGACAUCCCCAUCCAGUUUAACAGUAGUAGAAGAGCUGGUGCUGGGUGUAGCAACAUCACAGGACAAGAUCAACUGGAACAAAGCAAAACAUUUAGAAGCUGUUUUCAGAAAUUCAUUUUCUGUGCUGUGAAUUUUACAAAAUCGAACAAUGUGUUUAAAGCAAUAGAGAGAAACUGCACUUAAAGGUGGGGAAGGUAGGAUCUGAGGAAGUUUCGAUUAAAUUCAGAUAUAAUGCAGAUAAAUACUUCAGAUAAUUACAAAUGAGGCCCAGUCAACGUGAAAGUAAAAAGCAUUGGUGCUACUGUAGAUGCCAGGAGACUACCAGCAAACACAAUGUUUACAGGACUUCUACAACUAGGAGUUUAGCGGCAACACGCAGCAGGUCCCGUUUGACAAUAAACACUUCUGUUACAGACACUUGGCUUACUUUGUUAAAGCGGUUUACCUGUCUAGCAGAAAGGUUACAGGGUCCGUAAGGUCCCGAAGCCUCCCCCAUCCUUUAUGCUGGUGUUGACCUGGCUCCUUAGCUCCUGUCCGGUCCACCUCCAUUUUGAGCACCCAUUAUUCCGCCAGAGUCUCCGGUAUUUACUUCAUUUUCUUGCUUGUGUUGGCAGACGUGGUCAAAGGAGUAUUCAGACAAUUUUCUGUACUUUCUGGUUGAUUUCUACUGUCAAAUAUUGUAGCAAGAUAACUUUGUUAGAAAGAGCGGCCCGCUUAAAAAUUUCAAAAUUUUGACCACACAGACAUAAGAGAACACAGCGAUAUCAUUAUAUUCCCAAAUGUCAUCAAUAUUUAAUAGCUAUCGAAUGAUAUUAAAAGCUUUUUUGUGUAUAUACCACAAAAAAAAAAAAAAAAAAAAGCUUCUUUAACGGAUUCUUGCCUACUCCACCUUUAAGCAGGUGUAGGUGAUUUUGGGCUAUUUACUCUUUGAAUUAAGACAGCUGAUCUAGAGUAUGACGGCUCCUCUCUCUUGAUUGAUGUGGGUGCUUUGUUGGCAGAGCAAGUGGAAAACCGCAAACUGUCCUGAGAAGUGCAGCCAGCAGCUUCCGCUAUCACCACACCCUCGACCAGCAGAGAGCUGCACCCAGGGAGCCAGAGUGUGAAAAGAGGAACCUUGUUAAAGGUCAGGCAUGAUGGCACAGCUUUUAAUUCACAGCUUUUCUUCUCACUUCCUCCUCGCAGGGAAUGGUCUGUGCAACUGUGGCAGCUGUGAGUGCUGGGACGGCUGGACAGGGAACGCCUGUGAGAUCUGGGUGGGGACGGAGUACUGAGGGGAGGAGGACACUGAGUUUAGAGACAAGAGGACUGGCUGCCAGGAGCGACCAGAUCCCCGCCGAUGGUCACCACCAGGCCGGUGGGAAAAUAUGACUUAAUAUGGAGGAAAUUGUACUUUACCAAUAAACAACAUUCAUUCUUUUAUUGUACUGGUUACAAAUUCUCCUUCUGAAGCAGUAAAACUGGGAGUUGUAGGUGUAAAAACAGACAAAAUAUUGCCGUGUACACAAAACAGCUUUUGUAUGAUUGUUGUAAUAUUUAGAAAUGCUUGAAUAUUAAAGAUGACCACACUUUAAAAAGAUGCAGGCACAAAUUCAGAUCUUGAAAAAUUGACGAAACAUGAAUAUGGUCUUUGGAAUAAGUGGGACACUCAUUAAUUGUACAUAAGAAGUGGACAUAGCCCCCAGUUGCAGAAGUCAAGCCAACGCCAAAGUGCCUUAAAUUUGCAUUUUUUUCCAAUUGGCCAGUAGGGGUGACUGAGCUAGCUGCAAAAAAUAUCAUUACCUCUCAAAGGAUUUGCCAGUUUUGUUAAUGAUUUUUGGGCUCAGUUUUCUUUGAAUAAUAUGAAGUAAAAUUUUGGUGCAUUGAUGAGAAGAAUCACCCAAAAAAGCAGAGCAUGCUUUUGGGUUAUGGUUCUCAACUAGUAGAGCGGGACCUAAAAGUUUGUCAUCUAACCAUUUUUAGGGGUUUACAGGCAUGUGUAGCCCCUUUAAAAACAAAAUCUUAAGCUUAUAGGACAUGUUUCAUAUGAUGUAGCAUGCAUACAUUAGCUUAUUCAAACCCCAAGACAGUAGGUGGCAGUAAUAAGCUUAAAUGCUGGUUGUCAACAUACAUUUAAUGACAGAUUUCAGAAAUUCGGGUUGCAAAUGCCUUUAAGAAAGAGUUGCUGGGUCCUAACGCUAGACCAGUUAAGGGCCAGUGCUUAAAGGGUGGCUACCUUUAAAUAAAAAUAUGCAACAUUUAUAACCACCCUUUCACCAGUGACUAUUUCUGUUGCCAAAAACUAAGCUAAAAUGAAAUAAACAAGUUGGCUAUGGCCUAAUUGUUGAACUCACAGCUUGAUAAGGAGGUGCUCAGGAACAAGCAAAUGAAAACAAGGCUGCUUCAUCCAUUUCUGCAGUCUUGAAAGAAAAGCUGGGGGAUAAUGCAAGUCUGUUUUUAACAUGUACAGAGUAUAAAAACAUGGACACCUUAACGCCCCCCUCUCAAAAUGAAGCUAAAAGUUUUAGAGCUCUACUUAAUGACUGGCUGCAGUCUGCAUCAUAAAGCCGCCUUCCUGCUAGUUUACAUAUAUGACAUUGGCUUGAUUGGACAAUUUAUAUAAACAUCAAAUACAUGGUUACUGUCAUUUAAGUUAGAUCAACCAUGAUCAUUGAAGGUAAAAAGGACAAUUUUUUCAAUGUUUACAGCAAGUUGAAAUUGAAAAUAUGGCUCUGCUCCAUGAGCUCCUUGUCCUUCCAUGCACCUAGGUGGAAAGCCAAGCCUAAGGCAGGAAGAGCACACCCCCCUAUGAUUCAUGUGCAUGCAUAAAAAGCCAUGGCAGGGAGGGCAGCAGCAAAGACUACCCAGGUGCACAGCUCAGCAUUAGAAAUAAGACCAAUGAAACUGUGAAAAAGUCAGACAUAUUCAUUGGAUGUGUAAGUAAGGGGCAAAGCUGUCAGCUGAUGUCAUGUGUUCAAGGCUUGACUCCCUUGCCUGCCUGAACUAGCACUAAACUCAUUUUGUUAUUAUACUGAUUUAUGCUAUUUGAUGUUAAAAAGAAGGGAUGUGGUGUCUUGAUUUACAGCUCUGUUACAAAUGUGGCUCUUACAGCACUUUUUACCAACUUAACAAUCUAUUGUGCUGUGGACUGUACCAGCUUGAGUGAUUCUUGACAUUUGAUUGGUCAUUUAAUUGUGUAACUGUGACAUCACCCUGAGCACGCCUUUGUACCAAAAUACAUUACCAGGAUAUUGAAUUGGCACCGAUCAGGACGGUAUCUUGGCUUUACUUUUUCACAAGGGGAGCUCAUUGUCCAUGUUGAUAUAAAGUCAAUGGUAUGCAGUGAUUUGUUGCUGAAAAUCUGUAAAGAAAGUGAAAAUGAAUGCUGGAGGCCGAGGUCACUGUUUGAGGUUUUUAUUUCUUUUUAAUAAUAAAACAUUAAAUGUGCCGCAUGACACAACAUUUUGCAUGGAAAACAAUGCGAAGACCUUAAUCAUACAUGGUUACAAAUUUGUUAUAACAUGACAUAACUCCAAUGGGCAUACUUGCAAUGGUAUAUAUAUUUUAUUUCUAAAAUAAAUCAUUUUUAAUAGUGCCUAUUCUUCUCCGACUUGGGGAGGGAGGGGGGAGGGGUCAAACCAAACACCCUGCCAUGAAACCCCACAACAGUACUGAAGCUACAGUACGAGACAGACGUAUCUCACUCAAACUCAUACUAGUGAUAAGGUUAAAUUCUAAGUGGAGGAAACAAAGAGAGGGCAUACAUAGUUCAGUUGUGGCAUGCUGGAUGUCCAUGUCACUUCAAAAGGUGGCAUCAGGGGAUGAGAGCUGCAUUGACACAAGAGCUCUGGUGAAAAAGAGGACUGAUAAGAAGUCACAAAGAAAAUUUAAUGUAAAUUCUACUUUGGCCUUUUUCAUGCUUAAACUAGCCAACCCCUCUGUUUUCUCUGUCCCAUCAGAAAUGAACGGUGCAAUAAUAUACUGCACUCUAUAUUGCAUUAAGUAUGUUACUGACAUUACAGUACAGUACACCCUUUAUAUAAAUAUUUUAAUCAAUAUGUUGUAUAGGUGUUAUACAACAAACACAAACUGUAUAGUGUAGACAAACUCGUUGCAUAUAUGUAUGUAAAAUUAGCGGUACAUACCAACAGUUCUUGAUAGACAUAGCCUACUACAUGCAGUUCAUCGAUGCCAUCCUCUCCCCAUGCAACAGAUGGGACAACGUACAAAAUAAGAAUUUAAAAAGAAAAGGGGGAAAAAAGAACUGAAAUGUGCUAGAUUCUUCUGAAGAGAGGGACAAAAAACAUAAAAGUGAUCCAGUUUGGGAGACAACAUCACACACAGCUGAAAAACACAAAGAAAAUAAAGACGAAUAAAGAAAGUAAAAACAAAUCAAAUGAACAAAAAAAGAAAACAGAUGUACAGUUACACACCGAUCAUUUACAAAAAUAAAGUCAGCCUUGCAGGGCUGGAGCAGCAGCCAGCCCAGCAUGUAGAGUUUGUAAGAAUGGAUGGUGAUUGGCUGGAAUCAGGGCCGAGACUCCGCCCUAAAUACAGCAGUUUUGAGUGCGCCAUUUCUCUUUCAGCACUAACAGCUUUGUAUACGGACGAGUUUUGAACUGAUGUGCUUUAAUGUCCUGUAAUCAGAAAUGGUCACGUGUAAUCCCAAUAAAUUAUAUUCACCAAAUCAAUCUUCUAGAAUAGUUGCAGUUUUAGCAGCACACAGCAUCUACACAACUCUCUAAAUCAAACAAAGCUAUUCAGAGAUAAACCUUUAAAAAGCAAGACAAAGGUUAUGAAGUGAUCGAUCAGGUAGGGCUUUGAUAAACCUCUAACAGUCAUGAUGAAGAUGCAACAACAGAAAGUGCAAUGUGUGUGUAUAUGUGUGUGUGUGUGUUAGUGUGCUGGAGCCUACAACAUGCCCAUUCAAAUCCAAAACACACUAAACUUUCGGGAUCUCAAACUCAACACAGAGCGAAGAACCGUACCCAUACCUUGUUCCUUAUAGAAAAUACAUGCAUGUGAUUAAUUCAAGGUAUACUGUACGUACUUCUUCCAAAAAAUGACAUCAGUCGAGACCUCUCGGGGGGGAGAAAGGGGUCUGAGCAGAGUGAGAUCAGUCGCACAGGACAAAUGCUAUCACAGUGAAAGCUUCGAUGGGUUGAAUAAAGAGAGAAUCAGAUCUGUUGUUUUUUUUCUUAAGGAGUCGGUUCUUCUUGGGAUGGAAAAGACUUUGGUCAUUUCAGAAUGAGUACAUCUGAGUGUGUAUGUGUAUGUGUGUGUGUGUGUGUGUGUUUUUAUGGAUAAUGCUACGUGUCCUCUACAUGGAUGUAUCGGGUGGGUGAGGCACCUUUGGCCCAGUGGGGACUGGGAACCUGUUUUUGCAUGCCGGGAAUCAAGGUCCAAACAGGCACGUGAUAGGCCAAGAUGAUCUGGACUCUGCAUGCUGAGCUAGGAGACAAAUCCUCUUGUAGUAAUAAUAAUAAUAAUAAUAAUAACAAUAAUAAUAAUAAUAAUAUCUAGUCAUUUAAAAAGUUUUUAAUAGUCAUUUUCCCUAAGUUUUAUACAGUGAAAAUGUUACAAUAUAAGCCAUCUCUUGUAUAACUGCUGCAAGAAGAGAGAACACAAUAUUAACCUUGCCCAUGCUUUAGUUUGCUGAAACCAAAUAGGGAUGCAGCCAAUAUAAAUGUCGCCCACUUGGUUUUCAGCCAUGUUGUUCUGGCUCUAAGUAGGCGCUGCCUCAAGAUGGCUGCCAGUGCUGCAGUUAGAGACCAUCUGGGUCAAAGCCACAAGCCUUGCCUCGCAGUCCAAAGAAGUCAGUGAGUGAGGGACGGAGGCCUACAAGGCCUAGAGAUAUUCCUAGAGCCCACGCUCGGAAAUAAGCUUAAAGAAAAAUAGACUUCAGGUUUUUUCUAUUUACCAGAGGAGGCGGAUUGAACCGCUGGUGGGACUUAAAUAGUGAUAUGUAUACACCAUUCCUUUACAGCGCUCUCCCACCCACACACACAUCUGUUUCUAGAAGUGUGUGUGUGCGUGUGUAUGUGUGUGUGUUUGUGUGUGUGUGUGCAGGGAGCUCCUUGCAUUGAUUGCAGUGGCGGUAAUUAGCACUUCAUCAACUAUGAUUGCAGGAGCUAUCUGCCAGCCUCCAGUGUGUUUUUAUCAGCUGUAAAAAGCAACAUCUCGGAUUUUCCCCACAAACUUUUACACGUCUGUCUGUGUGUGUGUGUGUGUGUGUGUGUGUGUGUGUGUGCAUGUUGUAGGCGAGAAGAAAUUUUGGAUUUUUUAUUUUUAUUUUUAUACAUGUUUGUUUUCUUUUUAUGCCACAUCUGUGUGAAUGUAUUUCUUAGAAAAUCACACAACUCCCUUGCAAAAUUGUUUUUAUCUUUUCUAGGUUACUUGACAAAGAGAAAAGUGUGUGACUAGAGAUAGAAAGAGAAGGAGAGGGGAACAUACUCGUAAAAAAUAGAGGACAACAGUCCAAAUAUUUACUCUAUCUAUACAGUCUCUAUCCCAGAACAUAGCUGGUGAACUGUGGUAUAGAAAAUAGAUCUGAAGGUACACAGACUCUGCUGCGACAGGGCAUUAUAGAGAGGAGGAGAAGGAGGAGGAGGAGGAGGGAAGUUUCUUGAAUGAACCGUCAGCAAGCGAAGUACCACGAGCGCCGUGAAAUAUGAAUUCUCACAGUUUUCAGAGGAAUCUAAAGGCAUUCCAUGAUCGGAGGUCCUCUCCCCUCCUGUGCUGGAGAAACUCUGCCCCCCCCCUCAGAAUCCGACGAGGACGAGGCGGGGAGAAAAAGAGGAAGGAGGAGCAGAGAUAGGAAAGAAAGGGAAGGAGGUUUGCCUGGAUCUGAUCCGCAGAAGAAAAGAGGGUCUGGAGUCUAGUCAAGAGAAGCCCUGCCUCCUGCCCUCUGAACACACACACACACCGGGUACCCUCCAGGUGUGGCUAUGUGGGGGGCUUGUCGGGCUUGCUGACAGGUUUACCUCCGUUCAUCACCGCCGGCUCACUUGUGCUUUUACUGGGAGGUACCGCGGCCUUGGGCACUGUCUCCCCUACAUCAUGCAACGAUGGCUCUCUGUACAUGGCAACUGGAGGAGGGGAGAAAAAGGAGAAAGCAGAGUGGAAAAAGGAAACCUGUUAGACAGAGUUCACCUUUUCAACAUUAAAAUUCUGAAAGUACUUCACAUACAAAGAUGUUUGUUUUGAUUGCUCAUACUUGAUCUGCAUAAAAUCUCAAAUAUUACCAUAAAUUCUGAUGAAAAAUGGAUCUAUAAUGCUGAGAACGGCUGUACAAAAACCUCAAAAAGAGCUAUUACUGAACAUCUGGACAUAAGAAUUCAUACUCAAGUGAAAAAAUGUCCAAAUUCCUGAACAACCGUGACAUCUGCAGAUGCAAAUCAAGUUAGCUCAUGGUAACUAUCUUUCUAAGUCAUUCCUCUUUAAUUCUUAUGAUAAACUCAUCACUGAUAUCUGUUGUACUGCAUUAUUAAAAUCUAAUUAAACAUGUGAGAAGUACAUCCACCCAAAGUGGCAAAAACAGUUAUUCUCAUGACUAUAAGCACUUAAAUUGGCUUAACUCUAUGAUAUCAACCAAUUAACAAAGCAGUAUUUAUUUUGGCAAGGACAAAAAUGCUGCAAAAUUAUAAUGUACAAAAACUGUUCAAAAGUAAAAUCCUGCUAAAAGUGUUCUCCAAAGUCGUCUCUCUUGACAGUGCUCUCAAGGCGCUGUUAGUUGAACACUCUCCUCCUUUUUUAUGGCUCACAGACAAAGAUUGUGUUUAACUUUGCAACAGAGCCAAAAGAAGGUUGAAGAAUUGAUGCCAGGAAACAGUGAAGUGACUCUUAAAAGUAGUGGAUAAAUGACGACACACGCUAAAUUAAUGUACUGAGAUCCCUGUGUGCAAUUGUGUCUUAUAAAGUAUAAUAAGUAUCAUAUCCUGAGUUACUCUGUAGUUACAGCCUCUGUCC